GAGGAGAUAGGAGAGAGCUGUAGUGGGAUGGAUAUUGAAUGGAGGUCAUGUAUAAUCCCUUACGGUAGCAUUUUAAUCCUUACAUCAUGAGAGUACACAGGACUGGCAAGCCUGAUCAAAGGUGAAGCACACUGUGUGGCUAAUGGCGUCUUAGCCGUGCAAAUGGUCAAGGUUUUAACUAUAGUGGCCUAGUGUAUUCAGUAACAUGCUUAUUGCACAUCACCUACAUUUUCAUUUACAUUUUAGUCAUUUAGCAGAUGCUCUUAUCCGGAGUGACAUACAGUAAGUGCAUUUAUCUUAAGUUAGCUAGGUAAGACAACUACAUAUCACAGUCGUAAUAAGUACAUUUUUCCUCAAUAGAGAAGUUAUCAGCAAAGUCAGUGCUGAUAUGAACAACACACUAUCUACCUAUUAUCAUUCUUAGUUACAGUUUCUGACUCGUUAAUGUCCUGAACACCAUUGAGUAUCUAUAGCUAAUCAGUGGAAGGCUGUGCAAUGCCUGAUUAUACGUUAUUGUUGCAAGGAAAUUCUGCCACUUACAGGCCUGACAUUUUUCUUGGCUUAGUUAGCUAGUUCAUAUUUACUUCACUGUGCUGCGUUACUGCCAAGGCUUUGUUAUCGGGCUUUAUUUUGAGAGGUGUUGUCAUCUGAGAGAGGAGCAAACGAUUCUUUUUUUCUUCACAUUUCAGUUUUUUCAUCAUUAAUGAUUGCUUAUUGAUACCCUUGUGUGUGUAAAAUAUGACUGUUCUCAGAUUUGUUAUUCAUAGACUUUAUUUGUAUGAAAAGUAGUUUUUUUUGCAAAAUGCUAUAUAUCCAUUGUUUAGCUGAAAUGGAAUGUUCGUAUCCUGUAUAUUUGACUGUGAUAUGUGGUUGUCUCACCUAGCUAUCUUAAGAUAAAUGCACUUACUGUAUGUCACUCCGGAUAAGAGCAUCCGCUAAAUGAUUAAAAUGUCAAAUGUAAAUGUUUUACAUACAGAUCUCAUAUUACUGUAUUGAAUUAUGCAAAUAAAAAUAAAAAUAUAUACAGUAUAUUGAUGUCACAAAUGUAUCAUUGGAAUAUUUCUUUAUAAAUGUAGUUAUUUGUUACAUUUGACUGUGUAAAACCUAGCAGUACUACUUAUUUCUCUGUAAAAUAAAAGCUAAUUUACCAACAUUUCUGAAAAUGGAUAUAUAGCGUUUUGGAAUCAAACUCUUCAAAUAUUUCUGAACCAAAUGAAUGCAUUGCUGUGAGGAACUAUCAAAAAGUGGCUAUUUGGCCAACCUGAAUAAAUGAAUAUAUAUCAUGAAUAGUUUUUGACAGUGAUGUUGGUCCUCUUCUCUAACUCUCCUCUGCUUCCUGUCUCUUUGUGCUCAUGCAGCCUCCUGAGCCUAGGACACAGCAGGCAUGGCGGAGGGAUCCAGAGACCUGGGACAACAGGGUGUGGGGAUAACAGAUCCUGAGGAAGACUCUCCCAACAUGAUAGUUUACAGAAAGGUACUUGUUUCUCUGACAGCCCAUAUAACAUGGUAUAGGACAAUUUUAUAAUUUACAAGAAGGUACGGACUAUAAGUAAGCACCCAAUGUAGUUAUCCAUUGGAAGACAUGGAGCAAUAUCAUUUGCCUGUUUCUGAUGCAGAUUGGUACAGUAAUUAAUCUCACAGUGGUUCCUGACACCACUCUCCAAAUGUCUAUAACAGUUACAUCUCAAUGUCUGAGCCAUAUGAAUAUGACAGGAAGAGGCACACCCACUGGCAGGUAAUGGAACAUGUUCUAAUCCCUCUCUCUGUGGGUUUAGAACUCAGUGGGUUUAGAGACAGCCGCUGAUGGGACCCACACUGGCCACAGUACACUUCCUCUGGCAGCCUGGCAGACUGUCUGCACUCUGCAGCCCUCUGAAGUUUUAAUAAGCUCUCUAUCAGUGUGGGUUUGUGGGAGAAAAAGUCCUUUAUGUGUCAAGGGUAAUUACACAAUCUCUAUGGCACUUGAGUCUCAAUGCCUGUCAUUUGAUUGGAGAUGAGAGAAGAGAAGAGGGUGAGUGGCACCAUGGGUAAUGAUGUAGUGUGGGACUCACAGGAAGUGGCUGCUCCUCCAGGGUUGGGCUUGUUUGCUCUCUCUGGAGCCGCUCAUAAAGAGCUUUUUAUUGUCACUCUCAGCUCUGCAGCUCGCUUGGCACAGGCAAGCCCAUUCAAAAACCUGCUUUUGAUCACCCUAAACAGAUCUCCCAACUAGUCCCAAUGUGCUGAUGAUGGCAAAACUAAAGCAAAGAGUUGACAGAUUCAGUCCCAAUUCCAUUCUGUUAUUUUUGUCAUUUUUGCUAAUGACUAUUUAAUGGUGAGGAGAGAAAAACAAAUUAUUUGAUAAAAUAAAUGGAGUCAAUGGAGGAUGGAUGAUGACAUAGUUCAGGAAAACAUUUUUCACUGAUUGCCUGUCUGAAAAUGAGCAUGAUUAUAAUGAUAAUGAAGAGUUGAAAUGAUCCUGUACCUUGUUCCGUGCUGAAAUACGGUUCCUAGAAUGACCACUUAACCCUCAAGCCUCCACUUGAAUGAGCAGUAAGAACAUUAGCAGGCUUAAUGUGGUUUAAUGUGGUCACAUGCCGUACAGAGAUGUUGGACAGUAGCUCUACAUGUCAGACACGACACAAUCAAACGAAGAUUGAAGCAAAUGGAGACAUCUUUAGCUCCUAGAGUACGACUUCUACAGAUGUAGGAUCUUAAUUUGAUAGCUUUCCUACAAUACAGGACAUAUCUUGUAGUGUAUUUGAGGUUUUAAAAAGACUUCUGAAGUUUGUAGAGUUUAAGACUUGAUUUUACCUUAAUAAAAAGGUAUCAAACCCUACAAAUUAUAAUUAUAAUCUACAUAAUUCACAUUUCCUGUUGCUGUAGGCUUAUUAUCCUGCUGUAGCAAACUAGCUCAUAUUAAGAUCCUACAUCUGUAGCUGUCUUUUUUUAUUUUUUUUUAUUUCACCUUUAUUUAACCAGGUAGGCCAGUUGAGAACAAGUUCUCAUUUACAACUGCGACCUGGCCAAGAUAAAGCAAAUCAGUGCAAUAAAAACAACAACAGCACAGAGUUACAUAUGGGAUAAACAAAAACGUACAGUCAAUAACACAAUAGAAAAAUACAAAAAUCUAUAUACAGUGUGUGCAAAUUUAGUAAGUUAUGGAGGUAAGGCAAUAAAUAGGCCAUAGUGCAAAAUAAUUACAAUUUAGAAUUAACACUGGAGUGAUAGAUGUGCAGAAGAUGAUGUGCAAAUAGAGAUACUGGGGUGCAAAUUAGUGAUCGGUGAGCUGUUCUGACAACUGAUGCUUAAAGUUAGUGAGGGAGAUAAGAGUCUCCAGCUUCAGAGAUUUUUGCAGUUCGUUCCAGUCAUUGGCAGCAGAGAACUGGAAGGAAUGGCGGCCAAAGGAGGUGUUGGCUUUGGGGAUGACCAGUGAGCAGUGGCGGCUCCUGAAAAAAUUCUCAGGGGGGGCAAUUUUUCUGAUGAUUUAGGUGACCUACACACAUUUAAAAAAAGAUAUGUCCAGCAACAACAUGAAGACAGGGGCAGCAUAUAAGUCAAUACCAGAAGCAUUUAUUGACUGAUCUCAAAAGUGUUGGCUUACCAGGGUUGGUGGAGCCCUCAGUUUCAUCUUUGCCUCGCAAAGCUAACUCAAACACUCCGCAAAACUUCACACACUGGAUUAGCCGGCUGAGGAUGUGGCGGUUCUUGCUAAUGUCGUAGUAAAUAUAUUUGUUAUAGUGAAUAUGGAAUAUGAUAUGUUGAGUAAAAUGUUGUGCUAAGAUCUAUUUAGGUCAGGAGCUGGUUAUAAGUUCUGUUCCUAUCCAAUAACAAUGGACAAAAGGGUCCUAUCUUGUCAGCCUUGUCAGUUUCAGUUCUCCAGUAAACUUGUGAUUAUCAACACUAACCUCAUCGUUGUGGCGGCGGACAGCUAGCCUGUAUCCCUCAUCCAGUUGAGUGGGAAUGUUCACUCUCCCCAAAGCAGACCAUCUCAAACAGCUAUCCAUGUGGGUCUUUGACAGCUCAUGUUUCUUAAUCUUUCCUGAAAGAUGGUGCAUGUCCGUUACACACCAGUCGCUGUCCAAGCGGUGCUGUCUGCCGUGCCGCCUUCAGGGUGAAAGAGUAAGCAGGGGGUAGCAGAAGACUGCAUUAGCUACAUCGCAGCCUGCUAGCCAGGUUUUUCGUUCGUACCAAUUUUUGGAAAAUCCUCGGGUGUAGGACUUCCCCCCUUUAGUAGAAACCUGUUGAAUUAUUAAAUUUGGUCUGGGAGGUCCUAAUUGUUUCGUUGCCAAUUUAUCUUCAUUUGUUCGCCGACAAAAAGGAACUUCUUUCAAAGACACAAUCGAGUUGCACUGAAGCCUAGCCAUUUUGAUAGUAGUAGUGAAUUGAUUGACGCUGCUACCCCGCUCUUUUCUUAGUUACGUUCAUGGUUAUGUUACGUAUGACGAAAGCGCGUAAGUGCAAGCCCUCAGAAACCCAUAGAGAUUGUAUUGAAAGCUCUGAUAUUUGAAAAAAAUAGAUUGUUACAUGGGAGUCUAUGACAGACUUCUGGGCGAUUUUCAACCUGACUGAAAUCGCCCCAAAAGGGGGGGGGGGGCCAUUUGAAGCACGACUUUAGCCUGAUUGGACAUUUAGUGGCACUGUGGCAGAUCAGACGUCUAGAUUACAACACUGAUAACUACUGUUGCCGUGAUAUAAUUGAUUAGAAAAAAAAUCCCUUCCUUUUCCCGUUUGGCAGUGCGUCGCCCAUAUCGCCCUAUUGAACACACCGCCCCUGCCAGUGAGAUAUACCUGCUGGAGCGCAUACUACAGGUGGGUGUUGCUAUGGUGACCAAUGAGCUAAAAUAAGGCGGGGAUUUACCUAGCAGUGAUUUAUAGAUGACCUGGAGCCAGUGGGUUUGGCGACGAAUAUGUAGUGAGGGCCAGCCAAUGAGAGCGUACAGGUCACAAUGGUGGGUAGUAUAUGGGGCUUUGGUGACAAAACGGAUGGCACUGUGAUAGACUACAUCCAAUUUGCUGAGUAGAGUGUUGGAGGCUAUUUUGUAAAUGACAUUGCCGAAGUCAAGGAUCAGUAGGAUAGUCAGUUUUACGAGGGCAUGCUUGGCAGCAUUAGUGAAGGAGGCUUUGUUGCGAAAUAAGAAGCCGAUUCUAGAUUUAACUUUGGAUUGGAGAUGCUUAAUGUGAGUCUGGAAGGAGAGUUUACGGUCUAACCAGACACCUGGGUAUUUGUAGUUGUCCACAUAUUCUAAGUCAGACCCGCCGAAAGUAGUGAUUCUAGUCGGGCAGGCGGGUGCAAGCAGCGUUCGAUUGAAGAGCAUGCAUUUAGUUUUACUAGCGUUUAAGAGCAAUUGGAGGCUACGGAAGGAGUGUUGUAUGGCAUUGAAGCUCGUUUGGAGGUUUUUAACACAGUCUGACACACUUCACUCUCAUAAAUAUUCACCCUCCAUAGAUUGCAGAUGACUUUUUGGCUGAUUAUUCCUGGCUGAUGUACUCUGACUCUGACACUAAAUUGCUGCCUGGCCUGAGGGCUGCCAAUGCUUCCCAAUGAGGGCCUCGGUAAUCACAUGUUUGUAUGAAUGUAUUUUUCAUUCUCCUUAUUCAGCUCCCUUUGAGCUGCAGGCAUUCUGCUCUGAUGACAGCUGUCCUAUUGCCUACUGAUGCUAUAGAAAUGGACUGUGUGUUUACAUGGAGAUGCUUUUGAAUGUUUUAUUCAAUGUUGUUUUUCCAGAAUCGUACAUGUUUUAUAAGGGGCUGUCAUGUUGCGGAAAAGCGCCCGGGCUAUGCCAUUGAUUAUAUGUUACAGUGGACACUGUAAACGUUUUAAAACGUAAUUCCUCUAUCAAUUCUACGUCUUGAAGCAUUAUGUUCUGACAGGUAGCUUAUGCUACACAAGUCCUGCUGCUUUUGUUGAACAGGGAACUGCCUGCAGGAAUGUUCAUAUUUUAAUCACCAACAACGACAACCACAGUAGUCAGAUGAUUAUUGUGGAUUAGCAGAUUUACAGGGAUAUUACUUACAGUGCCUUCAAAAAGUAUUCACACCCCUUGAUUUUUUCCACAUUUGUUGUGUUACUGCCUAAAUUUAAAGUGGAUUAAAAUUAGGGUUUUUGUCACAGGUCUACACACAAUACCCCAUAAUGUCAAAGUGGAAUUAUGUUUUUCUAUAUUUUUCUUUUUACAAAUUAAUUAAAAAUGAAAAGCUGAAAUGUCUUGAGUCAAUAAGUAUUCAACCCCUUUGUUAUGGCAAGCCUAAAUAAGUUCAGGAGUAAGAAUUUGCUGAACAAGUCACAUAAUAAGUUGCAUGGACUUGAAUAUCCCUUUGAGCAUGGUAAAGUUAUUAAUUACACUUUGGAUGGUGUAUCAAUACACCCAGUCACUACAAAGAUACAGGCGUCCUUCCUAACUCAGUUGCCGGAGAGGAAGGAAACCGUUCAGGGAUUUCACCAUGAGGCCAAUGGUGACUUUAAAACAGUUACAGAGUUUAAUGUCAGCUAUAGGAGAAAACUGAGGAUGGAUCAACAACAUUGUAGUUACUCCACAAUACUAACCUAAUUGACGGAGUGAAAAGAAGGAAGCCUGUACAGAAUAGAAAUAUUCCAAAACAUGCAUCCUGUUUGCAACAAGGCACUAAAGUAAUACUGCAAAAAGAAUUGGCAAAGCUAUUUUUGUCCUGAAAACAAAGUGUUAUGUUUGGGGCAAAUCCAAUACAACACAUUACUGAGUACCACUCUCCAUAUUUUUAAUAAUAGUGGUGGCUGCAUCAUGUUAUGGGUAUGCUUGUAAUUGUUAUGCUUGUAAUUGGAAUUGGAAUGGAGCUAAGCACAGGCAAAAUCCUAGAGGAAAACCUGGAUAAGUCUGCUUUCCACCAGACACUGGGAGAAUAAUUCACUUUUCAGCAGGACAAUAACCUAAAACACAAGGCCAAAUAUACACUGGAGUUGCUUACCAAGGCUGAGUUACAGUUUUGACUUAAAUCUGCUUGAAAAUCUAUGGCAAGACCUGAAAAUGGUUGUCUAGCAAUGAUCAACAACCAAUUUGACAGAGCUUGAAGAAUUCUGAAAAUAAUAAUGGGCAAGUGUUGCACCAUCCAGGUGUGGAAAGCACUUAUAGACUUACCCAGAAAGAUUGCCAAAGGUGAUUAAACAUUGACUCAUGGGGUUGAAUACUUAUCUAAUCAAGAUAUGUUCAUCUUUUAUUUUUCAUAUAUACUACCAGUCAAAGGUUUGGACUCAUUAAAGGGUUUUUCUUUAUUUUUACUAUUUUUUACAUUGUAGAAUAAUAGUGAAGACAUCAAAACUAUGAAAUAACACAUGGAAUCAUGUAGUAACCAAAAAAGUGUUAAACAAAUCAAAAUAUAUUUUAUAUUUGAGAUUCUUCAAAUAGCCACCCUUUGCCUUGAUGACAGAUUUGCACACUCUUGGCAUUCUCUCAACCAGCUUCGUGAGAUAGUCACCUGGAAUGCAUUUCAAUUAACAGGUGUGCCUUCUUAAAAGUUAAUAUGUGGAAUUUAUUUCCUUCUUAAUGCGUUUCAGCCAAUCAGUUGUGUUGUGACAAGGUAGGGGGGGGUAUAGAGAAGAUAGCCCUAUUUGGUAAAAGACCAAGUCCAUAUUAUGGCAAGAACAGCUCAAAUAAGCAAAGAGAAAUGACAGUCCAUCAUUACUUUAAGACAUGAAGGUCAGUCAAUACGGAACAUUUCAAGAACUUUGAAUGUUUCUUCAAGUGCAGUCAGAAAAACCAUCAAGCGCUAUGAUGAAACUGGCUGUCAUGAGGACCGCCACAGGAAUGGAAGACCCAGAGUUACCUCUGCUGCAGAGGAUAAGUUCAUUACAGUUACCAGCCUCAGAAAUUGCAGCUCAAAUAAAUGCUUCACAGAGUUCAAGUCACAGACACAUCUCAACAUCAACUGUUCAGAGGGGACUGUGUGAAUCAGGCCUUCAUGGUCGAAUUGCUGCAAAGAAACCACUACUAAAGGUCACCAACAAGAAGAAGAGACCUGCUUGGGCCAAGAAACACAAACUAUGGACAUUAGACCAGUGGAAAUGUGUUCUUUGGUCUGGAGUCCAAAUUGGAGAUUUUUAAUUCCAACCACCGUGUCUUUGUGAGACACAGUGUGGGUGAACGGAUGAUCUCCGCAUGUGUAUUUCCCACCGUAAAGCAUGGAGGAGGAGCUGUUAUGGUGUGGGGGUGCUUUGCUGGUGACACUGUCUGUGAUUUAUUUAGAACUCAAGGCACACUUAACCAGCAUGGCUACCACAGCAUUCUGCAGCGACACGCCAUCCCAUCUGGUUUGGGCUUAGUGGGACUAUGAUUUGUUUUUCAACAGGACAAUGACCCAACACACCUCCAGGCUGUGUAAGGGCUAUUUUACCAAGAAGGAGAGUGAUGGAGUGCUGCAUCAGAUGACCUGGCCUCCACAAUCCCCUGACCUCAACCCAAUUGAGAUGGUUUGGGAUGAGUCGGACUGCAGAGUGAAGGAAAAGCAGCGAACAAGUGCUCAGCAUAUGUGGGAACUCCUUCAAGACUGUUGGAAAAGCAUUCCAGGUGAAGCUGGUUGAGAGAAUGCCAAGAGUGUGCAAAGCUGUCAUAAUGGCAAAGGUUGGCUAUUUGAAGAAUCUCAUAUAUAAAUAUAUUUUGAUUUGUUUAACACUUUGUUUACUACAUGAUUCCAUAUGUGUUAUUUUAUAGUUUUGAUGUCUUCACUAUUAUUCUACAAUGUAAAGAAUAGUAAAAAUAAAGAAAAACCCAGGAAUGAGUAGGUGUGUCCAAUCUUUUGACUGGUACUGUAUAUAUAUUAUUUUUUUACAAAUAUUAGAAUUGUUCUUCCACUUUGGCAUUACAGAGUAUUUUGUAUAGAUUGUUGACAAAAAGUAGACAAUUAAAUCAACUUUAAUCCCACCACAAAUGUGGAAAAAGUCAAGGGGUGUGAACACUUUCUGAAUGCACUGUACAGUAUAUAGGGGAGAGUGGGGUAAAUUGAGCCAAAUGAUUAGUUGAGCCACCCCUUGUUUCUAGGAAACCAUACACAAAAUUAAUAAUGGAGUCUGUAUGGAGAGCAUGGCGCUUGCAACGCCAGGGUUGUGGGUUCGAUUCCCACGGGGUGUCAUGUUCGUUAGUAAAGGAUUGGACCAAGGUGCAGCGUGAUAUGCGUACAUAGUCGUUUAAUUAUAAUAAUAAACACUUGACAAAAUAACAACGCAACUGAACAUGAAGUUCAAAAGGCUAAACAUCCAACAAACCAAACAGAAACAAGAUCCCACAACAUAGGUAGGCAGAAUGGCUACCUAAGUAUGAUCCCCAAUCAGAGACAACGAUCGACAGCUGCCUCUGAUUGGGAACCACACCCGGCCAACAUAGAUAUAUAUAACAUAGAUAAUCACACCCUGACCAAACCAACUAGAGAACUCUAUGUCAGGGCGUGACACGGGGGGCCAGUAUGAAAAAAUAAAAAAUAAAAAUGUAUGCACUCACUAACUGAUAAGAGCGUCUGCUAAAUGACUAAAAUGUAAAAUGUAAAAUGAGUCUGUGAAGGAAGAAACACAUGGAAAAAGUGGUAAACAAGUUAGGUCUCAAAAACAGAUUUUCACCAAGUCAAAUUAAUUUAUUGUGUUGUAGGUUUCAAGAUACUUGUAUCUAAACCAAAGUAGAUCGUUUUAAGACUGUUCUUUUUACAUCAGUUGGGGUCUCUAAAAGCUACAAUAUGAGUUCCCAAACCUAGAAUGUAAGUGUAUCCUUGUAGCUGUGUGGGCUAAUAUAGUCAAAAUGUUUGUUUUCUGGUAAGUUGAGCCAAUGGCCAUCAUACCCCAUACAAAUGAUGAUUACAUUUAGUCAGUUCUAUGCAUAAUAUGCAUCGUAUUUUUGCAAUGUGUCAUGCAUAUGAUGAACUCAAGUGCAUUUUUAUUGUUACAGAGCAGGCAUCAUACAAACAUAAAACAAGCAGGGGUCUAGUCCCCCUUGAGGUUUUUGAGAGAGCAGCCAAGGAAGUGAGAGAAGGGAAGUCCAUUCAAGCAGCAGCAAGGGAUGAAAAAAUAUAAUGAUUGACACUGAAGAAGUACAUUGACAAAAAAGAAAUGUAACCGUGUGAAAGCGAAGCUAUGAUAGAGUAUCAGAGGCACACAAGGUCUUAUCUGAUGACAUGGAGUUUGAGCUGCUAAAGAUAUCAAGAAUAUCAUGGAGCAGACAGACAGACAGACAUACAUGAGUGAUUUGGUUGAAUCAAAGAGACCUUACAAGAUCUCUGAAUUUCUGUGUUUCUGAUGGUGGUACAACACCUUGGACUCCCUCUAUCACUGAUUAUCUGUAUGUCCAAUGCUUUAUAUCUCUAAUUCCUUUGUAUCUUUGAUUCUCUGUGUGUGUGAUGCUGGGUAUGUGAUGUGUGAUGCAGUGUUGAGGUUGAGGUGGUGGAGUACUCUAGCCCAGCUGCUCUGCAUUUUAAUGGCCCUCUGGGCCAGCAGCCUGGCAUAGAGCUGAGGGAGGACCAGAUGGCCAUCAAUAUGCUCUGCUGCCGUCGUCCCUUAGGCUUGGUCACACGUCAGCCGUAAAGAAAUGCAUUAUCCUAAUGCAAAGAACAAUGACCAGUCACAGUAUAACCCACUGAUGGUACUGUAUCAAAACAUCAUUCAGAGUUUUCACCCGUCUCUGUAGCUGUGAAGCUGUAGUCGGUAGGACUAUGUAUUGACUUCAGGGCCAUAUCUAAGACUAUCUUUUGUUGAGAGCGAAUUGUAAUAAUAUUAACCUGGAUGUGCAGUUAGACAAAACUGACUGUGAUGAAUUUGCCCAUUACAGAAAGCCUGACUACACAGAAAGUGGAGAAAGCCUAGCCUGUAUAGUCUUGGCAGUGCUGUAUUGUAUCUUGUUCAAUGUAAUUUUCUCUCAGGGAGGAAUUGUUGAAGCAAAACAAUAACUGUGGCACACCUUAUUGUCACAUUACCUUUGUGAGAGAGCUCAAUAUGUAAUGCAUGCACACACACACGGACACACGUACACACACACACACCUGUCCUGCUUAAUGGCCCCUACCUGUUGUGUGUGUUUUGUCUUGCUCUGUCUGGCAUGUUUAAGGCAGUACAUGGAGGACAGAUUAAUGCAAGUGGCGGGAGCUGUGUGAAACCAGCCUGUGACGAGGAUCUCUGCUGUGCUGGAAAAUGCAAUUAUUAAUAGACUAUUAAUAGACAAGUUAGAUCUCCAGUCCCCAGGACAAAUGUGUCUCCCCCUCUGCUCUGACUCUGGGUUCUUCUCUGUGGCGGUGGCUUGCUGUAUACACAGCUAUUGUUGUCCAGGGACUCAUGGGAUGCUUUCUCUCUCUGCCUAAGGAGAAUCAUGUGUUGGUUCUGUGUUUCAUCUCUGUUUGUAUUCAAGUCUUUAAAUGUUUGAUUUGGAUGUUGUUAUGCACCCCAUUUGUACCUGAAGCAUGAGUGUAUAGCUGUGCUCUGCAUGGUCUUAUCAACCUCCAAUCCAGAUGUUUUUUGAACAAUCAUUAGUGUGUAAAUAUUGAUCGUGAGGGACUAACACAGAAAUGAGUCCUGCCGAGGCCUAGUUGAUGAGUCAAUUCAGCACCCUGCCUAAAGUUAGUGUUUCAACACAACACAUAGCCUACUGUGUGUACUUUUUAAAGGUGCACUAUUCAGAAAUCGCUCCGCCAUUUCCUGGUUGCUAAAAUUCUAAUAGUUCACCUAAUUUCAGUUUAUGUGACAAAACAAGCAAGUAUAGUGUAGAGAAUCAUUGUAACAUCUAAACCGCUGUGAAAUAUAUUUUCCAUUUCCAAAAAUAUUGUAUUGUCAGCUGUUUGAAGUUGGUGUACAAAACCGAAAGUAAAAAGACACAAAAACUAAACCUAAGAACGGAAAGUGUAGAAAUAGCGCAUAUAGAACAUAUAUACCGCUUCUUAGACUUGCUUUCAAUGAGAUCUAUAACUCACAUUUCUAUGUGAAUUUGGUCGGGUUGCCCAAAAAGUUACAUAUUGUAGCUUUAAAUGUGAGCGCUCUUUUGCUUGGUGGAUGGACUAGGGUGAGAAGAUUUAAAUGUAAUGUAUACUCCAACUGAUAUUAGUCUCAGUCAAGUGAUGCUACUGAUAUAUUAACCAGCUGUUAUGUUUUACCAGCCCUCUGAGACCUAAAGGUCAUUACAGUUCAAUGCACAUGGGAAUACAUGUUUUACAACAUAUUACACAGCAGAAUGAAUGGCUCGAAUCAUGGAAUCGGCUAGUAUACUGUCUACUGUCUCUCUCUCUCACUCUCUCUCAUUGCCUUCCCUCAUCUCCACCCCUCUGUCCAACCUUAAUAAUUGAAGCUAAUUUCAAGCAUUCCAUCUUUAGAGAAAUAUUGAGUCCAUGGGGACUUCAUUCCUCACCUUUAUUUUAUUCAUGUGGAACACAUUUAUUCUCAUCGGCUGGUAUUUCUAUCCCUAUCUAUUCAAUCUAAUGUGGAGAGAUUGGGAAGAAAAUAAUAAAUUGUGAUAUUUUAGUUUCUAGUGUCCUCAAAAGUUGGAUUUUCAAUUAAAUAGAACUGAGCUUGCAUACUGUACAGUCGUGGUCAAAAGUUUUGAGAAUGACACAAAUAUUAAUUUUCACAAAGUCUGCUGCCUCAGUUUUUAUGAUGGCAAUUUGCAUAUACUCCAGAAUGUUAUGAAGAGUGAUCAGAUGAAUUGCAAUUAAUUGCAAAGUCCCUCUUUGCCAUGAAAAUGAACUUAAUCCCAAAAAAACAUUUCCACUGCAUUUCAGCCCUGCCACAAAAGGAUCAGCUGCCAUCAUGUCAGUGAUUCUCUCGUUAACACAAGUGAGAGUGUUGACGAGGACAAGGCUGGAGAUCACUAUAUCAUGCUAAUUGAGUUAGAAUAACAGACUUGAAGCUUUAAAAGGAGGGUGGUGCUUGAAAUCAUUGUUCUUCCUCUGUUAACCAUGGUUACCUGCAAGGAAACACGUGCCGUCAUCAUUGCUUUGCGCAAAAAGGGUUUCACAGGCAAGGAUAUUACUGCUAGUAAGAUUGCACCUAAAUCAACCAUUUAUCGGAUCAUCAAGAACUUCAAGGAGAGAGGUUCAAUUGUUGUGAAGAAGGCUUCAGGGCGCCCAAGAAAGUCCAGCAAGCGCCAGGACCGUCUCCUAAAGUUGAUUCGGCUGCGGGAUUGGGGCACCACCAGUGCAGAGCUUGCUCAGGAAUGGCAGCAGGCAGGUGUGAGUGCAUCAGCACGCACAGUGAGGUGAAGACUUUUGGAGGAUGGCCUGGUGUCAAGAAGGACAGCGAGGAAGCCACUUCUCUCCAGGAAAAACAUCAGGGACAGACUGAUAUUCUGCAAAAGGUACAGGGAUUGGACUGCUGAGGACUGGGGUAAAGUCAUUUUCUCUGAUGAAUCCCCUUUCCGAUUGUUUGGGGCAUCCGGAAGAAAGCUUGUCUGGAGAAGACAAGGUGAGCGCUACCAUCAUUCCUGUGUCAUGCCAACAGUAAAGCAUCCUGAGACCAUUCAUGUGUGGGGUUGCUUCUCAGCCAAGGUGCACUCACAAUUUUGCGUAAGAACACAGCCAUGAAUAAAGAAUGGUACCAACACAUCCUCCGAGAGCAACUUCUCCCAUCCAUCCAAGAACAGUUUGGUGACGAACAAUGCCUUUUCCAGCAUGAUGGAACACCUUGCCAUGAGGCAAAAGUGAUAACUAAGUGGCUCAGGGAACAAAACAUCGACAUUUUGGGUCCAUGGCCAGGAAACUCCCCAGACCUUAAUCCCAUUGAGAACUUGUGGUCAAUCCUCAAGAGGAGGGUGGACAAACAAAAACCCACAAAUUCUGACAAACUCCAAGCAUUGAUUAUGCAAGAAUGGGCUGCCAUCAGUCAGGAUGUGGUCCAGAAGUUAAUUGACAGCAUGCCAGGGCACAUUGCAGAGGUCUUGAAAAAGAAGGGUCAACGCUGCAAAUAUUGACUCUUUGCAUAAACUGAAUGUAUUUGUCAAUAAAAGCCUUUGACACUUAUGGAAUGCUUGUAAUUAUACGUCAGUAUACCAUAGUAACAUCUGACAAAAAUAUCUAAAAACACUGAAGCAGCAAACUUUGUGAAGACCAAUACUUGUGUCAUUCUCAAAACUUUUGACCACGACUGUAUGCAGUCAAUCAGGGAAUGACCGGAAAGUACACAUUUUUAUACAGCAGCUUGUGUCAAACAUACUGUAUUACCCAUCACUCUCUCCGUGAUGUGAUGUAUCCAAUACACCCUCAGCGACAGCUUAUACCCAUAGAUGAACAGGAGACGUUAUAGAGUAGCCCUCACCUUACCCCCCACCCCACGCCCAUUAUCUCACCACAGGAAGGACUUGGCUCAGUUUGGGAUUAUUUAUUUGUUACCCCCAGCUGUGAGUGAGAGAGGGCCAGAGACACAGGCAGGCAUGAUCUACACUGGAGCAGGUCUGAGGAUGGAAGACUGCCUGCCUGCACUGACCAUGAAUCACUCUCCACUCACCCUUAAGUGCCUCUGGGAUAGGGGAGGAUAGUGGAGGAUAUCUUAGUACUUCAUAAGACUCUCCCCAUCAUAGGUGUCCACUGGCUCCUCUUCACUGUUCCUGUAUUCACUUUAGAUAACACGAUGCAAAUGGACACACUGGUUGUCAACUGUACUGCUGGGUAUGAGGCAUACCGCUACUUUAUCAAGCAUGAAUGGUUUUACAAGCGUGUAGACUGGUGCCAAGGCAGGCCUAUCAGAAUUGCUGGUAUGGUGUCACUCAUACGAUUGAUUGCACUAAAGCUUGUGUAUUGAGGCCAGGCUGGGUCUCUAAGCUCUCUGCAUAUUUCAGUUGUGAUACUGUUGUAUUAUAAAGGCCAAACUACACAAACUGUAGCUAACUCAAACUGUCACACAACACUACACUAACGCUCCCUCUCUUCAGUCUGUAAUGGUUUUUCUGAGAAUAAUUUUACCCAUCCAAAUUGUAAUUAUGUAGAUAGCCAAAAACAAAACCUGGAGGUUUGCUAAAACAAAAUUGUUAUUGGAUCAUUUACAGUAUGUACUUCGUUAAAAGGAUUAUUCACCACUCGAUAGUGAAAGCGCUGAGAAGAAAUGAAGGGCUUUUCUCCAGCUAGCUAGGGGAAAUCUUCUCAGUGUGGAUCCUCUCUCUGCUCUGUACUGGUACUCCCAGUCAACUGCAGUCAAAAGGAGCACAUUCAAUAAUGCAGGAGAUGUUUAUCGUGCUCAUUAGGGCCGAUGUGUGGGGUUCCAUAUGUACUUAUGGUGAUGCAGGGUUCUCCGCAGGCAGGGCACCGCUGGGAGGUUGGGGGGGGGGGGAAAUCAGGCGCCACGCUGCCCCAACUUCUGCAUGCCCCACAACCCACCUGGGUCACACUUCACCCACCGCAGGCGGCAAUACAGCUUGGAACUCCAGAGUAGGGUAAAUGGAACAUGUCUUAAAUACCAUCUUACAGUAGAUAUCCCCAGCAACUGGGUGUGCAGAACAGUGAUGACAACCUCCACCUCAUAGGGAUAGAGUUGAAGAUGAUUUGUCUUUUAAUCAUAUUAAAAUCAGUUGAAAUGUGAUCAAAUCAAUGAUCAGGUGGGCUCUGAAAUCUUUGAUUUGAAAUCCCUGUCCUUUAGUGUGUGUUGUGUAAACAGAACAGCUGAUCUCCUCAUUUCUCCAUGGCCUGCCUGGGUGAAAGGACCGAAUCCUCCCUGGUCUGACAGUGGGACGUCUGACAGUUAGGCAUGUAAUUGGCAGGCCUCUCUGUGGGCCUGUGGUGCUGUUGACACACUGAAUUAAGCGCUGGACUGGAGAGUUUCACCGUCCAUUAGAUCAGGGUUUCGGUCCUGGGGCCCCACCCUGGGUGCAGGUUUUGGUUUUUGCCCUAGCAAAAACCUGGUGCGCCCAGGACUGAGUUUGGGAAACCCUGCACUAGAUCACCAAGUCUGUGGCUAUUUUACCUUCUCUCAGGGAAGUAGAGCAACGUGAGGAUCAGUGGACCUGCCACAGUCAAACUUAUUCUACUCUAUUCUGCCCGUCAAUAUUUGGCUCUUCUAAUGGAGCCUCUCUGUUGGUCUGUUCCAGCUUCAAAUGCAGCACCGACUUCAAUAUAGACACAUUCAAACCUCUGGAGGUUGUGGUCUAAACAACAGUGUUUUUGUUAAAUGCUCCAGCAGAUUUUCACACUGUAUGCUGUUUCUGUGUUGUGCUCGUAGCCAGUGAUGCCUGGGCCUGCAGGCUACACAUGUUGUCUCCUCAGAGGAAAGCCAUAGGGAAGUGGGGCUUGAGGAAGAAUGUGAGUUCACAGAUAAACAACGGGAGAAUAUAGUCACACAUUUAAUGUUGGGUCAAGCAUGACAGUGGAUGGCUGCUUUUUACAUCUGACAGUAAGACAGUGUAGGCCUAGUGUUCAAAAUGAAUAUUGCUGUGUUUCACUAGUGUCACAGAAUAACGUUGUGGAAAUAUUCUGUUGAUCAUGUAAAACUCUUUCAGCAACUUAACAUAUCACCAUCUGGUCUCCUUUUCUGUCUGUUUUGAUGACAAUCUGAUGCAUGCAGAUGAGUUUUCCUCAAAAUAGUAUUUGAAUCAUCUCCAUGUAGCAUAUAGAACAGGUCAGAAUAGGAUUUGGCUGUAAGGUAAUGAUGGACUAUGGUGUUCCUGGAGUGUCGGAGUGUCUCGUUAAUUGUCUGUCUGAUGAGGGCGAAGCAUGGAUGAGUCACCCGCCCCAAAUGUUAAUCACCACAGCCAACUCAUCUUCCUGGAGAGCCCUCAGAGGGCCAGACUAUUGGCCUGGGUUCAUGGACCUGCAUCAGAAUAGCUGAUUACCCGUCAGGAUUCACUGAUAGCUCACCCAAUUGGAACCGUUCUAUAUGGUUUCUCUUUGUCAGAAAGCCACAGCUCAAUGGCUGAAAAGGCAAGCAGGAAGAAAUACAACCUGGCCUAGAGAUUCAAAUGUUCUCAAUCAUGUUUCCCUUUUUAAGCUAUCGUCCCAGAAAAUAAUUUCACCAUACCUGAUCCAUGUUGCUAAGACAAGGUAUAAGGUCAGAGUGGAUUGACCACAGUUGUGUAACAACCACCUGCAGCAAAUAUAAUAUACAUAACCAGCUUUAAUAUUAUAAUACUAUGUCUUGUCCUCAGUGUCAUGUAGGCAGACAAAGGUAAAUGGAGAUUUUCAAGUAAAGAAAGUUAAACUAUCUGACAUUUCUCUCUCUCUCUCUCUCUCUCUCUCUCUCUCUCUCUCUCUCUCUCUCUCUCUCUCUCUCUCUCUCUCUCUCUCGCUCUUUCUCUCUCUCGCUCUUUCUCUCGCUCUCUCUCUCUCUCUCUCUCUCCCUCUCUCUCUCUCUCUCUCUCUCUCUCUCUCUCUCUCUCUCUCUCUCUCUUUCUCUCUCUCACUCUGUAAAAUAGCUGUCAACCUCAACAGAGAGAAACUUUACACAGACCUCAACUAACCACCAAGGACUAAUGUGUGCAGAAUCUCACUCUUAUUGGUCUGUCAAUAACUCAUAAGGCUGUGGUCAGAAUAUUCAUCUCAAACACCUCACCACAUUAUUCCACAGUGCAACGAAAUACCUUACAAAGGGAAAAUGCAGGCAAUGCCAUUCUCCUGGAGGGAGGUAAAGACUGUGGAACAUAGAAGGUAUUAUCUCAUUUUGACUGAUGACCUAUUUCAUGAUAUAAAGACACAAAUAUAUUACAGUGGGAAGUAAGUACAGAAUCUAUCAGAGGUGAAAUAACAUUCAGUAAACCCACAAUGGCUCAAAACUGCUUACCUCUACCUGGUACAGGGCUCAUUUUCUAAGACUCUGAAAUGCACAAAGCCCUGAAUUUGAGCCUACAUUUACUUAAAGUGGAUAUUAGUCUUCAUAAGGUCAGAGGGAAGGCGGAAAGAGAGGCCUGAAGCUUUUAAGCACACAGUAAUCAUGGGAAUCAAUACGGCCCAGAACAGAGAAGAGUUAGGGCUCUGCUGCAGUCAGACUGAAACACGAGAAGAAGCUAAAAUGGUUAUUCCCAUGUUCUGAUGCCAUACCAGAAAUGGAGUUACCAACAAAUGCCCAUUUAUAAACAUAUGUACAUUUUUCACUGAGCAACGUUUAGGAUUUUAACUUGACAACACAACUGUGUGUUCCAUUCUUACUUGCUUUACAUGGCUGACUUUUUGUACUUCGCUAAUCCCCUAAAGGCCUAAUUGCCUCUGCGAUGCUGUCACAUACUUAUUCACUUUGGGAGUGGAGAAGAAAGCAUCUCUAGAACAGAACAGCGCUGUAGGCUUUCCCUGAAAGCCUGCUAUAUGUUGAGUUCACCGCACCACCAGAGCAGCACUGUGUUAGAAGAACUGCGUAAAUUAGACACAUUUUUGAUGGUGGUUAAAGAAUACUAUGAUUUAGCUUAGGUACUAAGGUGCAAAAUCUUGUCUGGGACACAUUUUGUGAUAAGCCCAAUGUCUUCUGUUUGCUGAAUACCACUGGCUAGACUAGUUUGAUCUGGAGCUAAAUGGCAACGUAACACGCAGCAUCUACAAAAGGUACUGUAUUCUGUGCCCAGAAGACAGUAUAACUGUUUCUAGAAUUAAAUGGCCGCAACCCCCUAUGAACUUGUGUACAGCAGGAUCCAAGCUCAAGACCUCUCCAUCACAGUUGACAACUCCACGGUGUCCCCCUCCCAGAGUGCAAAGAACCUUGGCGUGACCCUGUCGUUCUCUGCAAACAUCAAAGCUGUGACUCACUCCUGGAAGUUCAUACUCUACAACAUCCGUAGAGUACAACCUUUCCUCACAAAGGUCCUAAUUCAGGCACUUGUCAUCUCCCGUCUAGACUACUGCAACUCUCUGUUGGCUGGGAUCCCCGCUUAAACCCCUGCAAUUUACCCAGAACACCGCAGCCCGCCGUCAUGUUCUCCCAUGUCAUCCAGCUCGUCCGCACACUCCACUGGCUUCCAGCCGAAGCACACAUCAUCUUCAAGACCCUGGUGCUUGCCUAGGGGGAAGUGCCCUUCCUUACCUUCAGGCUAUGCUCAACCCCUAAAAAAUAAAGGGCACUUGUCUUCUAGCACUGACUUUGGUGAUAAGUAUUUUGUUGAGGGAAAAUGUACUUGAUAUGAUUGUGAUGUUGUUGUCUCACCUAGCUAUCUUAAGAUUAAAACACUAAUUGUCGCUCUGGAUAAGAACGUCUGCUAAAUGACAAAAAUGUAACAUGUAAAAUGAUCCAUCUAAAUAUUGUUGCAUAAAAAGAAGCAUGCAUAAUAUUAGGAGAUUUUGAAUCUCUGUCAUCUCAGCUCACCCAACAUUACUCCAGUAUGGCAUUUAGGAGAUGGAUUUUCUCUACCAUGAAAACUGACCCCCAGAAAUACAGGCCUCAUUUCCACUGUCUGACAGGAACAUCAGCAAACACUACUGCUCUGGGAGUCUUUGACAUUUCACAUUUCAGAGUCACAUAUUUGCCUUUUUCUAUCCUUAAUUCCUGGUACAUUAAUAGCUUAUCCGUGUUUUGGAAAGAAAUAUUCCAAUUCCUUUCCUGAAAUAUGUCCCUAAGCAGGGGCCUUUGUAGAGGGAAAAUUACAAGAUAAUUGGGUCCUGAGGCAGGUAUGGCCAAGCAUUUCGCCUGGACACCAACUCACUGAAUCACAAGCAGAUGUCACGCUCAGAUAGGAGUAGCAGAGAGAAAAACCAAAAAAAUACAUUUCACUUCAUUUUGAAAUAUAGUGGCAGGAUAUUAGAUCACAAAGCAUGGCUCAUGUCUCAGUGGGUAGAGUCUUCAAUAAUGCAGGGGCUGUAUUGCUCUAGUAGCAAAUUCCACCUCCACUGACAUGACAGAUUGUUUGUUUUAGUCUCCCCUGAAGUAAAAUAAUAAAAGAUUCAUAAGUAACUAUACAUUUGAUUGUUUGGUUACUGCUGUGCUGCUGGCCCUAGCCAGCACUGGAUAGGGACUGCUAUCUGCUAAGACAAUCAUGCUGUUCAGCACUGAGUGGGGCCUGGAUGGUAUGAAAGAUAGGUAUAUAUUAUUACUGUAAUAUAUCUUCCAAACAACAUUACUAAUUAAUUCCAUCAUUAGACCAUCCCCCCGAUCACAGACAGGCUACAGGGUUGUGUUAGAGGGAGGCGGCAGCUGCUAGCCUGCUGCAUGUAACAUAUCCCAUUAUAAAACACUUGUUUUCACUCUGAUUCAAUCAAAUAGCCUCCCUACCAUCAAAUACCUCCAGGCUAAUUUGUGGUUAUUAAAAGGCCAUUAGAGGAUCAUAAUAAGUGGCCCGGCAGGGAGAGGAUGACACGGUGACAAAGGCUACUGAACCUUCCCCUCUGUCUGUCAGGAGAAUGAGGAGCCAGCCAUCCCCCGGGAAGGGAACAGAUACAACCUCAUCUGAGGUGAGCGAUGCUAGUGACUCUAGAGCCAUGUGGCUCUAAGUGGGUAGAAAGUCGCAAGGAAAUAUGAGCUUUUGAAACAUUGUUCUGCACUCAUUAUUGAGUCCAACUCUCAUUGAUGUUGGUGGGUUCUCAGAAAAUAGGUUGGUCCUUCCUCUCCCAUAUAAAGCACACUCUGCACAUUGCUACAUUGGUCCAGGUGGGUUCAUGUUGCUCUCCGACAGCAGAGUGGGUUCCUACUAGUAUCUAUAUGUCACUGAGGGAGCCAGUGGACAUUUCCCCUAGUGAUGCACUGGUGCGGCUCCUUGGCUCUCUCAGAACAGACAUUUUCAAUUUGUCUCCCUGUUGUCAGAGCAGCAUCCUACCUUCUUAAUUUGGGAAUGUUCUAGUAACACUCUGGAGGGCCAAACACAGGAUACAGGUAACAGGCACAGUGCUGCAUAGAGGAGGAUUAUCACACUCUGGGGGAACGGAAUGGAACCCCAUUGAUACAUGAAGCCAUAAAAGCCUUUACUCCAACAGGGCAGCUGUCAUGACAGAUAAUCCAUGUGAGUCUUAAAGGUCAAGGGCCAUUACCUCACUGAUUGCCUGUGUGCUCCGAGACAUUAAGGAUUAAGAUAGAAGACAGCAUCAUUUUGGGGUGUGGCAAUUGUGUAGACUUCUAUCCAUGACAGGGACUGCAGCGAUGCAGUGUUGUCAGAUUGUGCAUGGUACUCAUGAGAGUCGUUUUGUAUGAAUUAAGAACAGAUGGCUUCAUAGAAUGAUAACAUGAGAGAAAGACACAGCAUCCCUUUAAAUCAAUCAAACUGAUUAGGAUUCUAUUGAGCAUUUGACUGCAAAGUGCCCUACAGUAGACACUAUUCAACAGAUUGCUAAUGACAAGCUAAAUAAGCAUAUGUUGCCGUGUGUGUGUGCGCGCGUGUGUGUGUGUGCGCAUGCGUGCGUUUGUAUUUGUGUGUGUGUGCUCUAAUGGAUGAGGAUAAGCAGUGGAGUCUCAACCCCAACCCACAUUCAUUUUCUGUGUAACCAGAGAAGGCAUCGCAUCAUCCCUGAGCAGGAAACAAACAGAUUUUUAUUUAAACACCCUUUGCUGUUAUUUUUACCCUUUCAAUACCAAUGACCUGUUAGCAUCCAAUGAGCACCAGGAAUACACUGACCAUACAUCUUGGUGCACAAUGUCAAUGUGUCCACUGCAUCAGUAAUAUUCUGGUCAUAUCAUUAUAAAACUCUGAUUAGACAGCUGUGAACAGACAUAAAAAAGGCCUGUUAGGAGGACUUCAGGCUGCCUCUGUCUCUGAUAGCCCACCACUCUUGUGUAUUAGUAAUAAUGACAUUUUUUAAUUUUUUUUAAUGUAAUUUAGCAGACGCUCUUAUCCAGAGCGACUUACAGUUAGUGAGUGCAUACAUUAUUAUUUUUAUAUAUAUAUAUAUAUAUAUAUGUAUAUUUUUUUACUGGCCCCCUGUGGGAAUCGAACCCACAACCCUGGCAUUGCAAACGCCAUGCUCAACCAACUGAGCUACAUCCCUGCCGGCCAUUCCCUCCCCUAUCCUGGACGACGCUGGGCCAAUUGUGCGCCGCCCCAUGGGUCUCCCGGUCGCGGCCAGCUACGACAGAGCCUACAUGCUAGAGAAAAGGCAUAGCAAGCAUUUGUAUCUGCUGUGAAGAUACCUACUUUACAGGACAGUAACUGGUCAGUAGUCAUUUCAGUAAUAAGUAGAGCUUGAUCAAAUUUGUGAAAUUCCAUCUGUUCCAGCAAACCAAAGACUUCAAGGAGUCUAAUAACACAAAAAAUGGCAUUCUCUGCCCUUUGAUUGGCAUGGUACACUGCCCGUCCGCACGGCAGCCCACAGGCCUGGUUUGUCCUCUCCUCCCUCCUGCACCCAAGGAGUAGUGGACUCUGUAAUGAAGGAAUAUAAUUCCUCCUUCUCUCACAUAAGGAACAAGUAGGUCCAUGUAGAUGUAGAUGAGUCAGAUUAGGGUCUAAGGAAAACAUAUUCCCAUUAACCUAGUCACCACAACCUAGUGGCAGAUAGGAAAAGACCCUGAGGCACUCAAUGUCAGCAUUGCGAAGUCAAAAAUGAAUAAUGCAUACUGUGGUUUUCUUAAGCUUCAUAAACCCUCCCUGUGCAUACAGUGGGGGAAAAAAAGUAUUUAGUCAGCCACCAAUUGUGCAAGUUCUCCCACUUAAAAAGAUGAGAGAGGCCUGUAAUUUUCAUCAUAGGUACACGUCAACUAUGACAGACAAAAUGAGAUUUUUUUUUCUCCAGAAAAUCACAUUGUAGGAUUUUUUAUGAAUUUAUUUGCAAAUUAUGGUGGAAAAUAAGUAUUUGGUCAAUAACAAAAGUUUCUCAAUACUUUGUUAUAUACUCUUUGUUGGCAAUGACACAGGUCAAAUGUUUUCUGUAAGUCUUCACAAGGUUUUCACACACUGUUGCUGGUAUUUUGGCCCAUUCCUCCAUGCAGAUCUCCUCUAGAGCAGUGAUGUUUUGGGGCUGUCGCUGGGCAACACAGACUUUCAACUCCCUCCAAAGAUUUUCUAUGGGGUUGAGAUCUGGAGACUGGCUAGGCCACUCCAGGACCUUGAAAUGCUUCUUACGAAGCCACUCCUUCGUUGCCCGGGCGGUGUGUUUGAGAUCAUUGUCAUGCUGAAAGACCCAGCCACGUUUCAUCUUCAAUGCCCUUGCUGAUGGAAGGAGGUUUUCACUCAAAAUCUCACGAUACAUGGCCCCAUUCAUUCUUUCCUUUACACGGAUCAGUCGUCCUGGUCCCUUUGCAGAAAAACAGCCCCAAAGCAUGAUGUUUCCACCCCCAUCCUUCACAGUAGGUAUGGUGUUCUUUGGAUGCAACUCAGCGUUCUUUGUCCUCCAAACACGACGAGUUGAGUUUUUACCAAAAAGUUCUAUUUUGGUUUCAUUUGACCAUAUGACAUUCUCCCAAUCCUCUUCUGGAUCAUCCAAAUGCACUCUAGCAAACUUCAGACGGGCCUGGACAUGUACUGGCUUAAGCAGGGGGACACGUCUGGCACUGCAGGAUUUGAGUCCCUGGCGGCGUAGUGUGUUACUGAUGGUAGGCUUUGUUACAUUGGUCCCAGCUCUCUGCAGGUCAUUCACUAGGUCCCCCCGUGUGGUUCUGGGAUUUUUGCUCACCGUUCUUGUGAUCAUUUUGACCCCACGGGGUGAGAUCUUGCGUGGAGCCCCAGAUCGAGGGAGAUUAUCAGUGGUCUUGUAUGUCUUCCAUUUCCUAAUAAUUGCUCCCACCGUUGAUUUCUUCAAACCAAGCUGCUUACCUAUUGCAGAUUCAGUCUUCCCAGCCUGGUGCAGGUCUACAAUUUUGUUUCUGGUGUCCUUUGACAGCUCUUUGGUCUUGGCCAUAGUGGAGUUUGGAGUGUGACUGUUUGAGGUUGUGGACAGGUGUCUUUUAUACUGAUAACAAGUUCAAACAGGUGCCAUUAAUACAGGUAACGAGUGGAGGACAGAGGAGCCUCUUAAAGAAGAAGUUACAGGUCUGUGAGAGCCAGAAAUCUUACUUGUUUGUAGGUGACCAAAUACUUAUUUUCCACCAUAAUUUGCAAAUAAAUUCAUUAAAAAUCCUACAAUGUGAUUUUCUGGAGAAAAAAAUUCUCAAUUUGUCUGUCAUAGUUGACGUGUACCUAUGAUGAAAAUUACAGGCCUCUCUCAUCUUUUUAAGUGGGAGAACUUGCACAAUUGGUGGCUGACUAAAUACUUUUUUUCCCCACUGUACAUGUUGUUGUAUGUUUAUUUGGUAUAUCAGUAAGAUCAGAAAUUAGACUUGGAUUGGAUGUAAAGAUGUUGAGCUACCACAAUGAAAAUAACAACAGUCUGUAACUAAUUCUGACUCAGCUGUUGUGAGCAUGUUGUCUCCUGUUUGCUUAGCAACAUACAUUGUUCAUCUCUCAGCCACUCCAGAUAGACAAAUACAGUUGUUGCUAUUUAUGUUGAGCACAUCACGACAAAGCAUACACAUCCGUACCAGCAUGGUCCUCUCCAUCACCCCCUCUUCUCCUCCAGACAGGGCUAAUGAAGAGAGAGAGUGGGCUUCACUGACUGCAGCACCUAAAUUGGUAUCAGUACAGAGUGGCCGUGAUCCAUCUGAUAACCACAUAGAGAAUCUAUCCAUCUCUGUGCAUCUUCCCUUGCCUUACCUUCUCAAAAUAGAACAGUUCUAUCCGGCUCUCACUCAACACAGCCACACUGUUGUCAAGCUCUCUGUCUUACAGUACUUUCACAUUUCAGUAGCUUGGCUUUGCCUCAGACACAGAGGAAAAGAGUGCAGACGAAUGGAUGCAACUUGGAAGUAAGUGACUGUGAUUUUGGCUCAGAUGAAGGACUUUCUGUUGAAGAAAAUCACUUCCUUGCAGUCAUUUUCAAAUCUCUCUGAGUGUCGCCAUGUUGUAAUUGGAGGACCUUUGUAAGGUGCUAACCAAGCAAAACUGUCACAGUAGGAGCAGGACAACUCUUCUUCCAGUGCCACCACUCCCACCUUGAACUAUUCUGUUGUCUUUCAUUACCACACAUGCAAAAAGCCUUCACUAUAGCAUUUCUUCCCCAAUUACCAUGCAGAGAUAAAGUCAGGGGACCUUAUUAGACUACAGACACUCUGGAGUCCCACUGGCACUCAGGAUGUAGAUGCUGUAAGAUGUGUUUGUUUGGCCUAAGUGCCUUGAAGAAUACAGAUGUAGGAUCUUAAUUUGAGCCAGUUUGCUAUUGCAGGAAAAUAAUCCUGCAGCAACAGGAAAUGUUAAUUAUUAUGUGGAUUUUAAUUAAUGGACAUUUUUUGUAGAGGUUGAUACAUUUUACAUUAGGGCAAAUCAAGUCAUUUUUAUGUGGAAAUUACAAACUAUAGAAGCCUUUUUGGACCUUGAAUACAAGUUUCAAGUUAUAUUAGUCAUAUGUACGGGAUACACAUGGUAUACACCGUCCAAUUAAAUGCUGACUUACAGGUUCCUUCUUGACAAUGCAACAACAAUAAGAAAUAAUACAAGAUAAGAAUAUGAACAUUAAGGAAAUGUCUCAGUAGAAUAGAAUAGACAUUGUAGCAUAAGUAUAAUACAGGAAGGCACAAGUUAUAGUCAAAUAUUCACACGUGUUUUGGGGAAGGGGGGGAUUGGGGGCAAGUGUUUAAAUUGUGCAGUAUUUAGCAUAAUAAGAGUCUGGUAGCUGCAGUUGUGAUGUGUGUGUAGCAUGACUGUAUAUGAGUGAGUGAGUGCAUGUGUGCUAUGUUGCGGAGAGUCAGUGCAGGUGGUCAGUCCAGUUCAAGUGUUCAGCCAUCUGAUGGCUUGUAGAUAGAAACUGUCUCUGAACCUGUUUGUAUCAGACCUCAUGCUCCGAUACCAUCUGCCCAACGGUAAAGGAGUGAACAGCUCGUGGCUGGGGUGUGUGGGGUCCUUGAUAAUGCUGCAGGCCUUCCUCAGACACUGUUUCGAGUAGAUGUCCUGGAUGGGUGGGAGCACGGUCCCAGUGAUGUACUGGGCCAUCUUCACCACCCGCUGGAGGGCCUUGCAGUCGUGGACGGAGCAAUUUCCAUACCAGGCCGUGAUGCAACCGGUCAGGAAGCUUUCAAUGGUCCAGUGGCAGGAUAUGGAGAGGACCUGGGUGGCAUGCCAAUUUUUUCUGCCACCUUAGGAAGUAGAGACGCUGUUACGCCCUCUUGACAAGAGUGGUGAUAUCGUUGGUCCUGUCAAAUCCUUGGUGAUGUGGACGCGUAGAAACUUAAAACUGCUGACUCUCUCUAUUGCAGUCCCGCUGAUGUGGAUCGGGGCAUGUUCCCUCCUCUGCUUCCUGAAGUCUACAAUCAACUCCUUUGUUUUAUAAUAAUAAUACACUGCUCAAAAAAUAAAGGGAACACAAAAAUAACACAUCCUAGAUCUGAAUGAAUGAAAUAAUCUUAUUAAAUACUUUUUUCUUUACAUAGUUGAAUGUGCUGACAACAAAAUCACACAAAAAUUAUCAAUGGAAAUCAAAUGUAUCAACCCAUGGAGGUCUGGAUUUGGAGUCACCCUCAAAAUUAAAGUGGAAAACCACACUACAGGCUGAUCCAACUUUGAUGUAAUGUCCUUAAAACAAGUCAAAAUGAGGCUCAGUAGUGUGUGUGGCCUCCACGUGCCUGUAUGACCUCCCUACAACGCCUGGGCAUGCUCCUGAUGAGGUGGCGGAUGGUCUCCUGAGGGAUCUCCUCCCAGACCUGGACUAAAGCAUCCGCCAACUCCUGGACAGUCUGUGGUGCAACGUGGCGUUGGUGGAUGGAGCGAGACAUGAUGUCCCAGAUGUGCUCAAUUGGAUUCAGGUCUGGGGGACGGGCAGGCCAUAGCAUCAAUGCCUUCCUCUUGCAGGAACUGCUGACACACUCCAGCCACAUGAGGUCUAGCAUUGUCUUGCAUUAGGAGGAACCCAGGGCCAACCGCACCAGCAUAUGAUCUCACAAGGGGUCUGAGGAUCUCAUCUCGGUACAUAAUGGCAGUCAGGCUACCUCUGGCGAGCACAUGGAGGGCUGUGCGGCCCCCCAAAGAAAUGCCACCCCACACCAUGACUGACCCACCGCCAAACCGGUCAUGCUGGAGGAUGUUGCAGGCAGCAGAACGUUCUCCACGGCGUCUCCAGACUCUGUCACGUCUGUCACGUGCUCAGUGUGAACCUGCUUUCAUCUGUGAAGAGCACAGGGCGCCAGUGGCGAAUUUGCCAAUCUUGGUGUUCUCUGGCAAAUGCCAAACGUCCUGCACGGUGUUGGGCUGUAAGCACAACCCCCACCUGUGGACAUCGGGCCCUCAUACCACCCUCAUGGAGUCUGUUUCUGACCGUUUGAGCAGACACAUGCACAUUUGUGGCCUGCUGGAGGUCAUUUUGCAGGGCUCUGGCAGUGCUCCUCCUGCUCCUCCUUGCACAAAGGCGGAGGUAGCAGUCCUGCUGCUGGGUUGUUGCCCUCCUACGGCCUCCUCCACGUCUCCUGAUGUACUGGCCUGUCUCCUGGUAGCGCUUCCAUAUUCUGGACACUACGCUGACAGACACAGCAAACCUUCUUGCCACAGCUCGCAUUGAUGUGCCAUCCUGGAUGAGCUGCACUACCUGAGCCACUUGUGUGGGUUGUAGACUCCGUCUCAUGCUACCACUAGAGUGAAAGCUCAGCCAGCAUUCAAAAGUGACCAAAACAUCAGCCAGGAAGCAUAGGAACUGAGAAGUGGUCUGUGGUCACCACCUGCAAAACCAGUCCUUUAUUGGGGGUGUCUUGCUAAUUGCCUAUAAUUUCCACCUGUUGUCUAUUCCAUUUGCACAACAGCAUGUGACAUUUAUUGUCAAUCAGUGUUGCUUCCUAAGUGGACAGUUUGAUUUCACAGAAGUGUGAUUGACUUGGAGUUACAUUGUGUUGUUUAAGUGUUCCCUUUUUUUUUUUGAGCAGUGUACAUUACAUUUAUAGUGCGCUUUUCACUAACAGAUGUAAAUCACAAAGCUCUUUACAUUGAGCGCAACCAUUAAAAUAAAAAAGCUACACUAAAAGGGCAAAAACACUGGCGAGAAAUUAAAAGAUAGCUAGCGGUGUAGUACUAUACAAGAUACACAAAAUAAUUAAGGAGACGACAAGGACAAAACAAUAGAACUUGAAACUAAAGUAUAUGACCAACAACAGACACCACAACAUAGAUCACAUUAAGUGAAAACCAGUUUGAAGAAGUGUUUCUUGAGCUCAGACUUAAAGGCAGUGGUGGUCUAGGGCAUGGGAAGGGAGGGGGGUGCUCGUUCUAAAGCCGAGGGCCGAGACAGCAGAGUGCUCGGUCACCCAUUGUUUUUAGGCGUGUCUUUGGGACUGCAAGGAGUCUUUGAUCAUUUGACUGGAGUGAUCAAAUUAAGAUCCUACAUCUGCAGCAGUUGUUUUCAAUAGAUGGACUGCGGUUUUAGUGAAUGAGAUCCAAAGCAAUGACUGUGUUGGUCUUGAUAUAGGAUAUUAUAGGGUUACUUGUUUCUAUCCUGCUUUUCAAGUACAUCCGUCACUGCAGAUAAUUGUGUCUCUUGAAAUUAGUCACUAUCUAUGGGCCACUCACAGUGGGGGAAAAAAGUAUUUAGUCAGCCACCAAUUGUGCAAGUUCUCCUACUUAAAAAGAUGAGAGAGGCCUGUAAUUUUCAUCAUAGGUACACGUCAACUAUGACAGACAAAUUGAGGAAAGAAAUUCCAGAAAAUCACAUUGUAGGAUUUUUUAUGAAUUUAUUUGCAAAUUAUGGUGGAAAAUAAGUAUUUGGUCACCUACAAAUAAGCAAGAUUUCUGGCUCUCACAGACCUGUAACUUCUUCUUUAAGAGGCUCCUCUGUCCUCCACUCGUUACCUGUAUUAAUGGCACCUGUUUGAACUUGUUAUCAGUAUAAAAGACACCUGUCCACAACCUCAAACAGUCACACUCCAAACUCCACUAUGGCCAAGACCAAAGAGCUGUCAAAGGACACCAGAAACAAAAUUGUAGACCUGCACCAGGCUGGGAAGACUGAAUCUGCAAUAAGUAAGCAGCUUGGUUUGAAGAAAUCAACUGUGGGAGCAAUUAUUAGGAAAUGGAAGACAUACAAGACCACUGAUAAUCUCCCUCGAUCUGGGGCUCCACGCAAGAUCUCACCCCGUGGGGUCAAAAUGAUCACAAGAAUGGUGAGCAAAAAUCCCAGAACCACACGGGGGGACCUAGUGAAUGACCUGCAGAGAGCUGGGACCAAAGUAACAAAGCCUACCAUCAGUAACACACUACGCCGCCAGGGACUCAAAUCCUGCAGUGCCAGACGUGUCCCCCUGCUUAAGCCAGUACAUGUCCAGGCCCGUCUGAAGUUUGCUAGAGUGCAUUUGGAUGAUCCAGAAGAGGAUUGGGAGAAUGUCAUAUGGUCAGAUGAAACCAAAAUAUAACUUUUUGGUAAAAACUCAACUCGUCGUGUUUGGAGGACAAAGAAUGCUGAGUUGCAUCCAAAGAACACCAUACCUACUGUGAAGCAUGGGGGUGGAAACAUCAUGCUUUGGGGCUGUUUUUCUGCAAAGGGACCAGGACGACUGAUCCGUGUAAAGGAAAGAAUGAAUGGGGCCAUGUAUCGUGAGAUUUUGAGUGAAAACCUUCUUCCAUCAGCAAGGGCAUUGAAGAUUAAACGUGGCUGGGUCUUUCAGCAUCGAAGGAGUGGCUUCGUAAGAAGCAUUUCAAGGUCCUGGAGUGGCCUAGCCAGUCUCCAGAUCUCAACCCCAUAGAAAAUCUUUGGAGGGAGUUGAAAGUCCGUGUUGCCCAGCGACAGCCCCAAAACAUCACUGCUCUAGAGGAGAUCUGCAUGGAGGAAUGGGCCAAAAUAGCAGCAACAGUGUGUGAAAACCUUGUGAAGACUUACAGAAAACGUUUGACCUGUGUCAUUGCCAACAAAGAGUAUAUAACAAAGUAUUGAGAAACUUUUGUUAUUGACCAAAUACUUAUUUUCCACCAUAAUUUGCAAAUAAAUUCAUUAAAAAUCCUACAAUGUGAUUUUCUGGAUUUUUUUCUUCUCAUUUUGUCUGUCAUUGUUGACGUGUACCUAUGAUGAAAAUUACAGGCCCCUCUCAUCUUUUUAAGUGGGAGAACUUGCACAAUUGGUGGCUGACUAAAUACUUUUUUCCCCCACUGUAGUUCUAAAAGUGCACCAUUCAUUCUGACUGAGGGAUUCAAAUGUUUUUCUGUGUUGUCUGCACUCAUGCAACCCAUUGAGUCUGUAACAACAAACUAUUACAUGGGAGGAUGUUUUUCUGGUAUUCGUGUUGUUUCUCUUCAUCCCUGUGUUUCAAAGGGAGUGCUGACUACUGACUAGAUUAUCCUUCUCUACAGGCCUGAUCGGUAAUUGUAAAUUGAGUCUAUCUGGCUCUAUUCCCAUGCAGGGAGAAAUUCAACAAACUUUUAAUUGCUCCGUUCCCCUCGUCUCUAUGAGCAUUGCCAUGGAAACUAAAGCCCACGUAGGCCCUCCUCUUCCUUCCCAUUCUCCCACUACACUCCUAUAUUAGUCUCUUCAACAAGGGAGCUCCAACUGGCCCAAGCAGGGAGCUCCAACUGGCCCAAGCAUGCAACUGCCAUUGCCAUCAAUACUUUGACCACGUGGGCCUUGGUUCUGAAUCACACACAUAUUCACACUUGGGCUUUUCCUGUGGUUCUCAGCCCCAGUAGGCUUGCAGGCUGAACAGUCAAUCAAGCUGCAGCUAAUUGGGUAUUUUUCAGUAUGCUCCACCUGCCCCGUUUUACCAGAGCAGGCUCAGAAUGUUGAAUGACCACUGAGGUUACUGGCUGGAAAGUUAACAGUGAAAACUGCUGAUGCCCUGCCUGUGGCAAUGUGAAGGUACUACAAAUGAACCGUCUGAGCAGAGUAUGUGACUCAGACUCACUCCUAAAAGUUUGGCCUGUCGCUGUAACAAUGUCUGAAUGAGAUGUUUCUAAGAAGAAAUGUAAUUUUCAACAUGCUGAGCAUUGCAGAAGCAAUGUUCAAGGGGUCACAGUCUUAGCUGUGGAAACAUGGCUGAGGAUUCUUUUUCAGAAGCCCAAUACCCCCAUAUAACUGAGAUGUAUCCUGUUGAGAAAUGUCAUGGGACUAUUUCCAAUACACAUUCAUCAAUUAAUACAUUUCUGUUUUCAAGACAUUAUACAUAGUUGAUAUUUCAGCAGGAAAAAGAGAAAUGGCUUGAGCAGGUACAUGGGUUUGGUAAUGACUGCCUAAAGCACUAGAAUAGAGCAAAGGGAGAGAGGUGUGAGUGAGUGAGUGAGUGUACAGUAUACUGUAUGUGUGUAUUUGGUUUCUCCUCUGUGGCUGGCCUUUCUAGUCAUUACUUGUCCUGUUGCAUGUGAGGGUUGUCCCAGUAGCUGUCACAGUGUCUCUCCCUGGUGGAACAAAUCCAGGAGAGGCUCCCUAACACCCGGAGCCCCCUCUUCAUGAUCAGACCUGCAGCAGCCCCCCUCUGGACCAUAGAGGUACAGGGAGACUCUCUCUACCCCAGCAGCCCUCAUUCACACCUGUAUCCCUAGAGCAGACCAGACCAGCUGGCGCCAAGCUAGAUAUUAGCUUGCUAUUCACACAGUUUGAUGCCUGGCUGGUCCUAGGAGAAAAAAAAGUAUGUUUGAUUUCUUGCCUAAAAGUUACUUGCUCCAUAAACAGUUCAUUGUGAUGGCUUUGGACUGUUGGAAAGCAUGCACUAAUCCAGCAUAUGAAGAUAUCCAGAGCAAGUCAGAAGAAUGUAUUGGGUCUGUGAACUCUCACUGCACGUAGAAAGAGUUUACACUUAUCCAAUAUGCACUUAUCAGAAAUCUAUUCUAUAUUUCAAAUUGUUGGACUCUGUUCAUAUGUUAAUUGAGCAGUACAGAGAACCUCAUUUAGCAGAAAGUAGGUCAGAAAACAGUCUUAAAAGUUUUCCAAUUGGCCAUCAUGACUUUCACAGCCAUAAACGUCAAUGACGAGCAUGUCUGUGGAGGUGAUAGCUGUUGAAUCAUUAAUGCUCUAUUACAGCCUUAUACAUUUUUUAUCAAGCCCUCAUGUUGGGAGACUUUUCUGGUGGUCCUCUGUAGCUCAGCUGGUAGAGCAUGGCGCUUGUAACGCCAAGGUAGUGGGUUCGAUCCCCAGGACCACACAUACACAAAAAAUAUAUAAUUAUGCACGCAUGACUGUAAGUCGCUUUGGAUAAAAGCAUCUGCUAAAUGGCAUAUUAUUAUUAUUAUAUUAUAUUAUCUUAUUAUUAGCUUGUCUGGCACCAUUUACAGAUUUAAGGUACUGUAGUUAGUAUUAGUCACAAUUUGAGUAAAUGCUCUUGUCAUGACCAGGAUUUAAAAACAUCCUGGUUGGUGGAAAUGUAUUUAUUUCUCGUAUCCAGUAAUAGCUCCCUACAGACAUUAUUUCAACUCAAACCACUGUUUCAAUGAGGUAGAAACUCCAGUUGGUAAUCGAAACCACACAGCUUACACAGUACCAAAAGUCCUCAUGGUGUUUCUGUGUUUCUGAUAAGUUGAGCCUCCUCUAGCAGCAUUAGGCCACUCUCACAAAUGCCUGACCCUGUCACCUCCACUGGGUCACACUCCACUCUGUAAUGGCUGGUCAGGGAGCGUCACGGGGCAGCUGGCUGAGUGGAACGGUGGCACUUCCUGACAGCAGCAUGGGCCCUCAGUAGCCUCACAGAUAAGAGAGAUGGAUGACAACGGGGCCCAGCAUACACACACACACACACACACACACACACACACACACACACACACACACACACACACACACACACACACACGAUUGCCGUUUAUAGAGCUCAGUGCAAAGGGGCAAAGUGCUGUUAUCGCCUGCUAGCAGGAAUGUUCAGCUCUUAAAGCCCUCCACACCAAGCUGCAAACACCAUUAGCUUCCAUAGCGAAAAGAUACGGCAAGGUUCUGUACCCCUGCCAAGUACUUCAUGUCCACUGUCAUCCUAUAGGGAGAUAAUUAGUUAUUUUUAAUGCUGUUAUGGAGUCCAAGGUCCAUUAUUACACAAGAACAAAAUAACUCAAUCCUUUCACUGUUGUCUCUCUCAGGGUGUGUGGAGUGGCACUGCAUUGUGGCAAAUGGAGAUGGUUUCAGAGCUUUUUCCCCGUUGUUUUGUCUCAAGGUUUGUAUUCAAACACAGGAAGGCAUUAAAUCUGGUUGGACUGAUUGUGCCGUUCUAAAAUGUCUCUGCUCACAACACAAUGGCUAAGACAGGAAUGUUACUGUAGCAUACUGUAAAAUCCUUGUUUCUUCUCUCUGAAAAUACGGACAGUUGAUGCAGUGUGGUAUCUCUCUCUCUCUCUCUCUCUCUCUCUCUCUCCUCUCUCUCUCUCUCUCUCUCUCUCUCUCUCUCUCUCUAAGAGCAGUCUGUGUAGAGGUAUCAACAGCACAGUCUGUGUAAAGGCAGUAAUUCUCUGUGGAUGAGCUUUCAUUCAUAAUUCAUAUGAAGACACUCUCAUGGUGAGAGAAUUGUAAUUGUCUUGCCUCACUAUUCCUCCUCCUCUCCUGAAACAUUAUGGGGCUAUUAUUAAAUCCAUACGCAUCUCAAAUGUGUUGCUCAGGUAUAUAAAAUGUACGACUUGAGCAUCUGAGUCAUCUAUUUAACACUUAGCCGGUUGGCAAGGAGAUGAUAGCCAUAGACAGACAUGCUGAUGUGUCAACUAAGUUGUAAUUGUUCCUCCUGAUUGUUGAAUUAGUGAGCAAUAUUUACACUUGUUGUAAAGCUGUGUAGUUUUACUUUACUGUCCUUGGCGUGUGAGUGGGAUUGCCCAGAAUACUAUACAUCUCUAUAGUUGUUCUUGUGAGUACACAGUACUGAGGCAUGUCAUGCAACUGCAACCUGCUGCAACCACUAAAGAGAGGAGGCAGUUGGCUCUUGGUGCACUCGCUUGCUCAGAGAUGAAAUUCUGAGGCUAAGGAGGCUAAUGGAACGACUUCACACGUGCAAAUGUGUCAGUUUAAAUGAUGGAUGAGAGGAGAGGGAGAGAAGGGGGUCAGGAACAUGCUGGAAUGGCAGUGGCACACAACAGAGAAUUGCGUGACUUUAUCACUGUUCCCUAUAGGGCUCUAUGCAAAUGACUGAUAAAGAGUGUUUUCUGAUUGUUGCUGACUACUGAUGGUAACACAAUGAGGAGUCGCUCCAUGCCAUCUCCCAUUUAACAGUGCAGAUAAAUACAGAUUACCUUUCUGAGAUGAGGAAGUGAAUGGAGUAACCAAAUCAAAUAGGCUUCGCACACAAUCAGGCUUUUGAAUUCAUCCAAGCAUAAUCAGCUUUGUUACAGUCAGUGUGUGUAUGUGUGUGUGUGUGUGUGUGUGUGUGUGUGUGUGUGUGUGUUGUGUGUUUGUGUGUGUGUUUGUGUGCUUGCUGAAAAAUGAAGGAUUUAAUGGCCAGCGAGCACAGGGUGAGGUGGGCUCUUGAUAACACUGAGUGUACUAAAUCAGGGUCAUUUGAUGUGAAUUUCUGGUCUGAGAGUCCAUCAGUCCAGGCUGUGGUGCUUGGGAGCCCUGUUGUGUGGUGUGACAUUGGCAGAUCAGGUCUUACUCACUAAUCCUAGUCACAUCAUACCUGACCUGACAUCCUGAGACUGUAAAAACCAGGUCAAGGGUUUCACACCACAUAUCCCUUAUUAAGCUUCUCCACCUUGACGGAAACCUCUGCUGCAUGGAGCUAUAAAUGUGUGCAUAAUGUGUCUGUGUCAGUGGGAGUGAUAUUGGCUGACUGUAGGUGAGGGGAAUUGUUAUCCAGAAUGCGGGUGUGUAUGUUUGUCAUGGAGGAGUUUGGUUUCUUGUUUUUGUAAUGCUUGAGUUGUGACCUGCGAGCACGGUGCCGCCGUGCCUAAUUUUAGGUUGCUGAUGUGUGAUGUGGUGGGGUGCUCGCUGCCUGCAGUGCGUUUGAGGUGUGAUGUUUAUCUUAGCCUCUGAGGAAUCACUCUGACAGCCUUCCUCAACGUCUCCCCAUUGGAGGGCCUUGUUACCGUAGGAACUGUGGGGCUCAAUAAACAUACUUUUUUUUGCAGGCCACAGCACACACACAAGUAAUCCCCAUCACCAUUGGAUUAUAAUAUGAAAAUGAAUUUUUUUAUGGAGAAACUGUGGAUGUUUUGGUUCGUGCUCUAACCCUGAUCACGUGUGUUGUUUCUCCUCUCCCCUUUAGAUUGAAGACGUCAUUAUGCGGAUACAAGAUGAGAAAGCAGGAGGGGUGGCCAUCCGAACUGUCAAGAGCUUCCUGUCCAAGAUCCCCAGUGUGGUAUCAGGUGACCAGCUAUGUGUGUGUGUGUGUGUGUGUGUGUGUGUGUGUGUGUGUGUGUGUGUGUGUGUGUGUGUUGUGUGUGUGUGUGUGUUGUGUGUGUGUGUGUGUGUGUGUUUGUGUGUGUGUGUGUGUGUGUGUGUAAGCGUGCUCUUGCUGCAUGCGGAUGCUUGACAUGCAUGUGUGUGAGAGAGAGUCAGAGGAGGAGAGAGAGAGAGAGAGAGAGAGAGAGAGAGAGAGAGAGAGAUAGACGAGAUGAGAGAGAGAGAGAGAGAGAGUAGAGAGAGAGAUAAAGAUAUAGAGAGGAGAUAAAGAGUUCUCUCUCUCGUCUCUCUUCUCAUCUCUCUGCUCUCUUUGGACUCCUUUUCUCUUCUCAUAGAUCUCUACGACUCAUUAGUGUGCUCACAGAGAGAGAGAAAGAGUCAGAAUCAUUAAAGCAAAUAUGACCUUUCUGGCUCAUUUGAAUUGCUGCCUCUGCAGAUGGGGACAGAUGAGGCAGUCUCAGCCCAUAAGGCUUUGGCAGAGAAGCCUGAUGUGAUGUCUGGUGUGUUGCUGCCCUUGUCAUUGUGCCGUGUGGAUGGUUGUGUGUUGGGUGACAUGGUUUAAGGGGCAGUGUGAGUGAGUAAGACAGUUCUGGCGUGUGUGUGUGUGUGUGUGUGUGUGUGAGAGAGAGUCAACAGAGUCAACAGUAUCCAUGGGGGUGGUGGGGAGUGGGGUGGGGGGAUGGGGAUGCUCCAAGUAACGCCUCUCUGAGUGUGACACACAAUCUCACAUGUCUCUCUAGGCCUGCUGUGUCACACUUCACUUCACUCCUCACUGCCAAGCGCUAACAUUAUGCCAAAGAUGUUGCUGUCCAGGAGUUAGACAAAAUACCUGGUUUCCUGCCUAUUGUUAGUCCAAGAUCACAUUGUUCCGUUUAAAUUGUUCCUGCAAACUGCUCAGCUAUGCCACAUUCAGCCUUAGCCAACGGCAUUUGUAUUUGUAUUUAUUAUGGAUCCCCAUUAGCUGCUACCAAGGCAGCAGCUACUCUUCCUGGGGUCCGAAAAAUUAAGGCAGUAAUAUACAUUAUAAUAACAUUUUUAAACACUAAAAUACAUUUUACAACAGAUUUCACAAUACAUGAAGUGUGUGCCCUCUGGUCACUGCUCUACUACAACACACAAUCCAGGUGUACGUGUGUGUAUAUUCUGUAUGUUAUGUGUGUUUGUAUGUGUGUGUUUGCACCUGUGUGUUUGACUCUUCACAGUCCUCGUUGUUCCAUAAGGUAUAUUUUUAUCUGUUUUUUAAAUCGGAUUCUACUGCUUGCAUCAGUUACCUGAUGUGGAAUAGAGUUCCAUGUAGUCAUGGCUCUAUGUAGUACUGUGCGCCUCCCAUAGUCUGUUCUGGACUUGGGGACUGUGAAGAGUCCUCUGGUGGCAUGUCUUGUGGGGUAUGCAUGAGUGUCUGAGCUGUGUGCUAGUAGUUUAAACAGACAGUUCGGUUCAUUCAACAUGUCAAUACUUCUUACAAAACAAGUAGUGAUUAAGUCAAUCUCUCCUCUACUUUAAGCCAUGAGAGAUUGACAUGCAUAUUAUUAAUGGUAGCUCUAUAUGUACAUUUAAGGGCCAGCCGUGCUACCCUGUUCUGGGCCAGUUGUAAUUUUCCAAAGUCCCUCUUUGUGGCACCUGACCACAUGACUGGGCAGUAGUCCAGGUGCGACAAAACUAGGGCCUGUAGGACCCACCUUGUUGAUAUUGUUGUUAAGAAGGCAGAGCAGCGCUUUAUUGUAGACAUAUUAUGGACAGACCUCUCCCCAUCUUAGCUUCUGUUGCAUCAAUAUGUUUUGACCAAAACAGUUUACAAUCCAGGGUUACUCCAAGCAGUUUGGUCUCCUCAACUUGCUCAAUUUCCACAUUACUCAUUACAAGACUUAGUUGAGGUUUAAGGUUUAGUGAAUGAUUUGUCCCAAAUACAAUGCUUUCAGUUUUUUUUAAAUAUUUAGGACUAACUUAUUUCUUGCCUCCCAUUCUGAAACUGACUGCAGCUCUUUUUUAAGUGUUGCAGUAAUUUCACUCGCUGUAGUAACUGACGUGUAUAGUGUUGAGUCAUCCGCAUACAUAGACACAUGGGCUUUACUCAGCGCUAGUGGCAGGUCAUUAGUAAAGAUUGAAAAAAGUAAGGGGCCUAGGUGGCUGCCUUGGGGAAUGUUGUUAAUUUAUCUAUUGUAAAAAAACAUUGUAUCUGGUCAAACACACUUUUUCCCCAAAGUUUACUAAGGGUUGGUAACAGACUGAUUGGUCAGCUAUUUGAUGUCAGCAUUGUAGCUGUGCUGUAAGCUAAAAGUAAUAGAUUGUUGAGGGGAGACCUGUUCAAGGACUGUUGCAGCUUUUGUGUAGAGGCUUUCUGUGUGUACAAUGCCAUUUAAUUGUCGCUGUCAACCAUUCUUCUCUUUUGAAUACCAGGAGCAGACAUUGUGCUGUGGCUGGUGAAAAACCUCUCCAUUGAGGACUCAGGUAUGCGUGCUAUGUACACAGACAUAAUUACUUAUUUCACUGGGAUUGACCACUGAUGUCUGUCUCUACUCAAGCAUUGAAAAGGGAAGCAAUUUUUCUCUACUCAGCGUUAGUAUCCUGUUCUCUCUCCUGCAGCUGAAGCCAUCCAUUUAGGGAGCCUGAUCGCUGCCCAGGGCUACCUCUUCCCCAUCUCCGACCACGUCCUCACUCUCAAAGAUGAUGGGACCUUGUACCGCUUCCAGGUAAGCUACCAUGGUAACUUCAGGCACCAGUAGACCGACCAUCCUUAGUGGUCCUAAACUGGAUUUAUUGUCCACACCACCAUCCAUAACAUGAGUCAUGACCUAUAUCACAUGAAGGCAAAGGAGUGGAUAAAUGAUCCCUGUGCACUGUCCAGAACAGAACAGUAGCCUCAUUACCUUGUGGCUGGUCACUCUAAAGCAGAAAUAACCAGGGGAGAAUAUGUUCUAACAGAGCCACUUAUGUGAGAGAUUCCUCUAGUAGUCUGAUCCUCACUAUACAGGUCAAGCGCUGUAAUCAGUCUGGACCCACCGCUGCCAUCAUUUUCUCCCUUAACCUGUGGUUAAAUCACUAGAGAUAAGGUCUAGUAUUAUCACUAUAUAAUAAAUAUAGAUAUCAAUAUUGCUAUAAUAGAUUAUACCAAUUGGAGAGGCACAAUGUACAGUGUUGCAGAUCUACUCACAGCAUCCCACAGUCUGGUGUAGGGUAGUGUGUACACUUAUUACUAUGACAUUAUUAACGGGUUACCAGUCCUUUCUUGGACAGAAUUGGUCUUCUACAAUAACUAUAAGACUCAAAUUAGAAUAAUAGUAAUACAUGGAUCCAUCUGAAGGUAUGAAUUCUUUGAGAAUCAAUUGGAGUUCUAUCCCAGAAUAACAUGAGUUCUUUAUAGAAUCAACAUUUAAUAAAGCUAAUCAAAAUAUUUACAAACAUAAUGAGAGUGAUCAUGAAAAGGUAGGAAAUAGAAGGAAAGACAAGAAAGAGACCUCAAGAUCUCUGAAUAUUAAAGAUGUGAUACUCAGUCUGUGAACAAAGUCUGUUGUCCUUGGCUCUGGUUAGGCCGCAUGGAGGUGAACAAAGAAAAGAUGGCGGUGUGUCCUCCUUUGUCCUGAGUUGAAGGGUUCCUUGGUGGUGAUUUCUUGCUCCUUUCCUCUGAGUUUAGAUGGUCCCUCGUGGGCUGCUUGUUAGGGUUGUGUCCCUGGUUACUCUGUCUGCUGGCUCUUCCUUUCCUUGAAGAAGGUUAGCUUAAAUGUACUGUUCAGGCUACACUAGCUCUUUAAAGACUAAGCCUCCAUCUGAGACUGUUUAGUGCGUGGGCUCUUCCGUACCAAUUUCUGUACUGGAGUACAGGUACUAUUCCCUAAAAGGUACCUUCCCUAACUUAUCAGUUCACCAGUUCUUUCCAUUAAAAGCGAAGGUCCAGGCCCUGUGGUCGGCCUGCUGGAGAUGGAGGUCCUUCUCCCUCCUCGAAAGAGGUCCAGCUUGAGAGGUCCAGCGGGAUAAGAGGAUAAGAGUGCUUUUUCUAGUCCCGUGAGGUCACAUGAUAUGGCACCUAGGUGUGAAGGGCCACUUUUAUGAACUUUUGUCGUAAAGAGAGAGAGAUUGAAUUCAAUUCAAUUCAAUUGAGAGAGAGAAUAGCCAUAAUAUUACAUUUGAAAUGUCUCUAUUCCUUUGAAACUUUUGUGAGUGUAAUAUUUACUGUUCAUUUUUUAUUGUUUAUUUCACUUGGGUUUAUUAUCUAUUUCACUCGCUUUGGCAAUGUAAACAUAUGUUUCCCAUGCCGAUAAAGCCCUUUGAAUUGAAUUGAGAGCUUGGAGGAUGUCAUUAGCCCAUAGAAGUUCAGCAUUAUAGACAGACAGAAAAAGGAUGUUCCACAUUGUUCAACAUAUGACAUAAAAACGACACGUCGCUACACUGGCAUUGCUGUUCCAUCCUCAAAGUAAUCUACUGUACUGUGAGGGCCAUGCAUCGUGUACAGUAUGUUACAGUGUAGUGGAGGCUGAAUGGUUCCUGGUCCUGCUGAAAGGCUCCAAAAGAAUGAGUCACUAUGGCUGGCUGAUUAGCAGGCUAAUCCCAGCUGGGAGCAGCUCCCUUUGGGAAACGUUGGGCUGUCACUCUCUCUUCCUCAGCACUUGUCUCUGUGUCACCCACCCAUCCCACUCCUCCCCCAAUCUACCGGAGAAUCCACUUAGCCACACUUAUUUUCCUUCAGAUUAAAACACAUUAUGUAUUUUUUUCUGGAAGGGGGAUGUGUGUGUGUCACCCAUAUUCAAUGGGACUAAAAAUACCCUUCCUCUGAUGUUAUGUCAUGGUGCAACAAGCGAGUGUCAUCAUUGCCAUUUAAAAGAGGACCUACAUGAUCUGUUGAAUAUGUUGAUUUGUCUCUGUGCCAGAACUGAGGAGCAGUCCCAGAGGCAGUGUGGGUACACUGUGCUAUAAAUAGCUGCUGUGUCUUUUUGGAAGCCACACUUUUAAUGACAACUUCCUGCUGUGCUUUGAGACAAAUCUGUGAUGUUUCAGGGCAGGCAGACUCACGUCAUAAAAUGUUGUUGGAGUCCCGGCUGCUUACAGGGAAGAACGGAGAGAGACAACCAUGAUGCCUUUCAGACUCUUCUACAUGAUCUUCCCACCAAACUGCUCCAACGACAUAAAAUGUUGUUGGAGCAGUUUGGUAACAGACUAUAGUAGAUUAAUCUCUGUUUAUCUAUCAAUCUUCCUUAUGCAGCAAAGUAAACGUUAACCUGUCUUUUAGAUGUGUCGAUUCUGACACAUAUUCAGAUCUCAUUGCCUUUUGUUCUGAAGCUAAUUAUGAGUGAUAUUGGAGAUGAAAUAUCAUGUCGUGGAACAUCUCUGUGUUCUAAUUCUGCCCAUCAUUAAGAAUGCACGAUAGAUCUGAGAAAUCUAUUAUUUAUGCACUAUGGAAUGAACCGUGAAUCUGAAAUAUCCAUUGCAAUAGUCAAUUAAAUAUGAAUGGAGAAUAUAGCUACUGUUCUUCCCUAGAUAGUUAUGCAGAGCACAAGAAGGCCAUUGAUCAUCAGGUCACUCAUCUUCUUUUAACUUGAUCAUGUUCUUAGAGAGGAAAAGGUAGGAACAGAGAGUUUGGAUGGUUUGUAUUUUCUCCAGCAUCUUCACCUCAACAGAAGGCAGGGCUAUGAGUCAGGGUGGACUGGACACAACGCGCAUAUUAAAACCGGGGGCUGGCCGUCUUCAAAGAAACUGGGUCUCCGAAAUAUGUUUAAAACCUCAUUAUUUGACAUUUCGGAUCCACAUACAGAACAAUGCUAGCUGAGUGAAACAAAAAGAAAAGGAUCAGUUUACUUCAAACACUGCUGCUAGAGACCGUGUGGGGAAAAUUGUCUGAAUCAACAUUAGGAAAACAAAAAGAGGAGACCAGUGUUGGGCAGAUGCUUGGAUGUUUAAAUGUUCUUAAGAUGAUGAAUACUUUCAUGAUCUCUCCACUUUCCUCCUCAGGCUCCAUUCUUCUGGCCCUCUAAUUGUUGGGAACCUGAAAACACAGACUAUGGUAAGUUAGGUUGGGGUCCCAAGGGGUGGAAUUGCAAAAAUAUCACUGAACUCAGCUCAAAAUGUGCCUAAAUAUUGCCUCUGUGAUUUAAUUAUCUGUGCGUAACCCCUAAUUAUUUCCCCCUGAUGUCCCCCCUCCCUCCCAGCCAACCUAGCCUAUAGCCCUGCUCAGUGCAGAGUGAGAACAGAGUGUCUGGCCCAGACUGUGUCAUAUCCUCCUGCCUAGAGUGUAAACACAGACUAUGGAUCUGUUGUUGUCUCACACCCAGUAUUGAAUGAGUGGCCCACUCUGUAAUGCAUCCCACUAUCUCUCCAGGAGGAUCUAAUCUCACCCCUAAACCUGCAGCGCUAGAUUAGCCAUCCAAGGUACAGGGGCCUUGCGUGACAUUAUUGUAAAUAUCCAGGCUUUCAUGUUUGCAUGGCAUUUCUCCAGCCUGAUUAUGUAAAUGACAAAAGAUGCCAACGGUCUCAUUAAAUAUUGCUCACACACUCUGAUCAGUAGAGAUUUACUCAGGCAGAAACUGAGUAGGUGGCAUUUGUUUAGAAGAGAUAAACUACACUUACACAGCUGUUGAUGCAUCAUCUGUGGUAUUUGUUUGGCAAUGUCACUAAAACAAGUCUGCCAAGCAACAGCAAGUAACUGACUACUUUCUACUGUCUCUUCUCUCCUCUGCAGCCAUUUACUUGUGUAAGCGCACCAUGCAGAACAAGGCCAGGCUGGAGCUAGCUGACUACGAGGCUGUGAGUGCCCUAUUCACCCUACUGGAACAAUACACUAUCUAUACGCUACAGACCUGUUUAACAAAGCUAUCAUCUACACAACUACAGCUUCUCUCAGAUCACAUGCCAUGCCCCUGAGCUCUAGUCUAUUUCAAGCUCUAUAGGUUUGGUGGUUGGGUCAGAGUGUUGUUUUCCCCACAUUUUAAAAAUAGGUCAUUUCAGUGAACAUGUACAGGUAUGACAGAUGUUUGCAUUGCUCAUGUGCCAAGCAGAUGCCUUUAUUACGUGCAAAUUACAACAGCCAUGAUAUUACUUGCUGAUUAAGCUGAGAUGGCUAGCUUUAUGCAGUAAGAGAGUUAUGCAUUAUAGCAAUGUAAUUACCCAAGAACCUUCACUGGUUUACUCUCACCCCUCAUGUCUUUAUGAUUGGGGGGUCUUACAGGAGAAUCUGGCUCGACUGCAGAGGGCCUUCGCCAGGAAGUGGGAGUUCAUCUUCAUGCAAGCUGAGGCGCAGGUCAAGUGAGUGGACAGUAACUAGGCAAAAGAACACACACAACCUAUUGUGGUUUUGAUACGUUGUCUAUUGUCCCAUAUGUCACUGUAUUCCCUAUGUUUCAUUCACUGAUGCAGGUGACUAUAGAGAGCCAGAUGCAUACCCCUAGGUUACUUUCUAGGUGACCUUUCAGUCUUUGUCUUUUAUCACUGUUCCUUCUACUACGUCUCCAUCUGCUGGUUGACAUUUGUAAACACAGUGCAGAUCAGAUACAAUCUAUUCAACACGACAUCAGGAAAUUAAAAAAGGCCAUGAUGAACCUUUAAAAUGAUUAUAGUCUGAGCACUAAGUAUUUACUGUUGUUAGGUAGAGGUAAGAGAUUAUACAUUAAGCUCUGCUACAUUCAGAGAGAAAUAGGCCAACAAGCACUUAUCAGAAAAUGUCAAUUACGUAAGAGUUGUACCCUACCGGCGGCCAGACCACAGAUUGCUUGAUGAAGCGACGAGACAGGUUGUGACCUACACUUUGAGCUUUUACCCUCCUCUGGUCUCUCAGUAAGAGUGACACGUCUGUCUGUGUACUCAGUAUCGACCUGUCUCUGUCCUCUGUCCCCUACCCUCAGGAUCGACAGGAAGAAGGACAAGGCUGAGAGGAAGAUCUUGGACAGCCAAGAGAGGGCAUUCUGGGACGUCCAUCGCCCUGUGGUGAGCUGAGGGCUGAGGGGAGAUGGUGGUUCUGGGGUCUGAGGGAGGGCUGGAGAGAGGAUGUGAUGAGAGGACAGGGAGUGUUACAGUGAAAGUCCCAUAGGGCUCUACAGUUAGAACAAUAAAGGGUUCAGUGUAGUUGUCUAGUGUGGCCUGGGUUAGCCUGAAUUAGGUGGGAUCCCAGUGGGUUUCUGUAUUAUCCAACUCCUCUGUGGUUGUAAUGUUGAAUGAAGUGUAGCCUCCAGGCUAGGGCAGGAUGCUGCCUGGUGACCCACUAUUAUCUGACCUAGAAACUAACUCUCUUACAGCCAGGCUGUGUAAAUACCACAGAGAUGGACAUUCGCAAGUGCCGGAGAGAGAAGAAUCCACAGAGGGUGAAAAGGGUAAGGAAGAAGGCUUUUAGUGAUGAGUGGUCUCUCUGUUUGUGCAUGUAUGUAUGUAUGUACUGUAUAUGUUCUGUGCAGUGUGUGCCUGGGUUGAGGGUGAGCGUAUAAGCAAUAACAGACAUGUAUUUCCAUUCUGUCUCUGUCCAGUCGGUGUAUGGGGUAACAGACAACACCCAGACUCAGAGUCCAGUCCACCAGUCCAUCCUCUCCCAGCCGGCCAGGAAGCCCACCAGAGAGGACGUGCAGAAGGAGGUAACACACUCUGUGAUGCUCCUGACAGGUCAUUACUAACACCGCCAUUAUCCAUUAUCUCCUGCUAUCUGUCUCUCUGUCUCAUUCAUCAAUCAUAACUCCAACUCACUUCUGAGUAAUGCGCUACUGUCUCAUUCUGCCAUCGUGAAUUAUUUUCUCCCUCAGAUUUCCUUCUUGAACAUCCAGCUGGACAGACACUGUAUGAAAAUGUCCAAAGUAGCAGACAGUCUCAUGGGCUACACGGAACAGUUCAUGGUCUACGAUCCUUUGGUGUCAACCAUUGAACCAUCCAACCCCUGGAUCAGCGAUGACAUGACCUUCUGGGACCUGGAGGCUAGGUGGGUUCACUGGGGAAGCAGCGUGAGGCCAUAGGCACCAUGGACACCAUGCACAGACCUCACUAGUCAAACACAAUCACUCUUCAAAUGACUGGUGGGGUCAGGCAGAGGGUUAGUGGUCUCAGGUGCUGGCUGAAAUGUCAUGAUAGCCCCAUGGCUAGCUCCUCUUUCUUUCCCUAUGCAAUCCACAUUUUAAACGGCAUCCACAACCACAAUGUAAUGUAUGUACUGUGGGGAGAUCAUGUAGAAGAGUCUGAAAGGCAUCAUGGUUGUCUCUCUCCGUUCUUCCCUGUGAGCAGCCGGGACCCCAGCCAGCACCGUGUGAAGAAGUGGGGCUUCUCUCUGGAGGAGGCCCUAAAGGACCCAGCAGGGCAGGAUGCAUUCCUCAAGUUCCUGGAGUCAGAGUUCAGCUCAGAGAACCUCCGGUGAGAGAUAGAGCCUUACAGGCCCAGGCAGGGACAGUUCACAGUGAUAACACAGUCACUAUCCUCUUCCAUUCUAUUGUUUCACAUCCAUUUCAAUUCCCCAGGCCAUUAGAUAGAGAGGCUUUUGAGUGGCGGUAAUGAGAUUAAGGGAAUGACUGCACUGAAUGUCCACAGGGGGAGCGCUCCUCUCCUGGCAGAUAAUAAUGGGAAGUAAAUGCUGCAGACACUGAUCUCUAUUGGCUGUGUCCUCCCUGUGCCCCUUGGCUAGGUUCUGGUUGGCAGUGCAGGAUCUGAAGCGGAGGCCCCUGGAGAACGUGGCAGCCAGAACCCAGGAGAUCUGGCAGGAGUUCCUGGCAGAGGGCGCGCCCAGCUCCAUCAACUUGGACUCCCACAGCUAUGAGCGCACCAGCCAUAACCUCAAAGACCCUGGACGAUACAGCUAUGAGGACGCCCAGGUAUAUAUCACAGCCUCCCCUAUGCACACAAACACAUAUGCUUGCAUGCCCACACACAGUCAAUAUGGCUGCUACUACUGCACCUACAGUAAACACACAAACACAUAAUAUCCCCACCCACACUGCACACUAUGGUGGCUGAGAGGGGGGUGGAUGGAUAGAUGUAGUGAGAAGGAAGUGAGUGAACGGUGGUGAAGAAUCUGUGGUUGCCAGAGCCCAUCCUUAGCGUAGUUGCAAACAACUAGAUGCAUCCGGUUUUCAGGGAUACAGUUAAUUCAACCUAGCUUCCUUUUCCUCUGAAAAACGGAUGUGGAAACUCCACUCAGGCGUCUUUUUAUGCCUGCUAUGUUAGGUUAGCCAGGGCCUAAUGGGCAGAGUAAUGCCUGUGAAUAGCCCAUGCAUUCAUCCUAGAUUCCUUAGGUUCAAACUGUAUUAGCUUUGUUUGAGGGUGACUGCCUCAUGGUGCAUUAGUGUCAAUGGCUCUGCGUUCAAUCAGCCCUGUCUCAGGAGUCUCCUCCCUCCCACCCUCCCUACCUCUCUCCUUCCCUACCUCUCUCUCUCCCUCCAUGUUAGCAUGCAUGGUUAACAUUCAGCUCCCCCGUGCCUUCUUACAUAAUCUCAACUCUGUCUCUUUCUCUCUCUCUAAAACACAAACACACACCCCACAACAACCAUCAUCACCACCUCUUCCCUCUUCUCCAGGAGCACAUCUUCAAGUUGAUGAAAAGUGACAGCUAUGCACGCUUCCUGAGAUCUAACAUCUAUCAGGACCUCCUGCUAGCCAGAAAGAAGCCGGUGAGCUCUACUAUAACUAACCCCUAAUCAGUCACACCCUCCACCUGAGAUAUUAUGCAUUUACUAAAUAUGUUUGAAAGCACUCCAUCCUUUUUUUGGAAGUGGAUACAUUUAUUAUAAAAUCUACACUUUCUACAGAUACUAUAUCUCCAUUUACAUCUGAACUGAGACAUUAGCUUACCUUUGCUUGAGUAUUCUUGUCACUCAGCUUAUUAUAUUCUUUGACUCCUUCAGAUUUAUACAUACAAUCACAGCUCUCUAAAACAUCAAAUAAAGCGAGUCCUGUUAUACUGUGUACUAGGAUGAUCAGCACCACAGCAGAUCAAAGCAUCAUCUUCUCCUGGUGAGCAGCUGCAGUGCAUCCCUGUGUUAUGUAGUACCCUGAAAAGACACUCCCCCCUGCUGGCCUGGCCCCUAGCUUCUCUACCACAGCCACCGCUUCUGGCUUCAUGGCCUAAAACAUGUUUUGCCUUGAAACGCUUCUAACCUUCCCUCAUCCUCCCCGUGUCUCUCACCCUCACACCACCCUGCCUCUAGUCACAGACAGAGAGUGAGCAGGGCCGCCGUACCUCCCUGGAGAAGUUCACCCGCAGUGUGGUAAGUUACCAGGAACUGGGUCCGUCUCACAGGCAUGCGACCCAAUGAAGACCUUUUUCAAGGUCAAAAUGAUUGUGAAGGCUAGUAGUACAGAGAGGUAUUCUACUUGUAUUUCUUGAGAGAAAUUCAGAAAAGGACAGGUAAGUGCUCAACAUGUUGGCAGGGAUAGCUAGUCUAAGUACUUUCUUGGCACAGUACUGUACACAGACUGCAUGAUUUUUCAGAAACCCAGCCAGUAAAGUUUGUUUCCAUUUUCCAGGGCAAGUCUUUGACGGGCAAGCGGCUGACAGGGCUGAUGCAGUCAUCCUGACACUGCCUAGGCUGGAGGGACACAGACAGACACCCCUGGAAGUGUCAUGA